ACGGGUUUGUCAGUGGUAAGGAACAGCCGCAGUGCCUAGUGGCAGCUUAUCCCAGAUAACAAUCCAACCUUACUGGGUGUCAUAAUCCCAACACCUGCAGUCACCAUAAAGGGUUAAUAUAAUAAAGGCUCAGGUAAGAUGGAGAUCGUUAAGUCCUUGGAUGUAUUUUAUAUUGAGACACAUGUUUCCGCUUGGAUUACUUAUUGGUUUUUUUUUCCUGUGCAUUUUAUGUUCUUAAACCCCUGCACAUUCAUCUAGAUAGCUCAUUCUACUCCUGUGGACAUUUGUGUAAAAGGUAAAUUGUGAAACCUAUAUUCCAUAACUCACAUUUUGUGCCACGACCUCCCUAAAAGACACAAUAAUAUUUUAUUACAGUAUAUAUAGAAAAUAGUAACGUUUCAGUCAAUCUCUCUGAGACUUUCAUCAGGAUCAAUGAUCAUCCCAUGUUUUAACCUAGCUGAAUAAAGAAGAAGUUUUAUUUAAAGACCGUGAGUGCUGCCAUUCUUACUAUUUUCUGGAUAUUAGAGCCCCAGGCUGAGCACCCAGCAGGUAGUUACGUUUAUAGCCUGAGUGCAAGGACUUCUCACAAUAUAUAUAUACAAAAAUAAAUAGCUUGGCACUCACCCUGUCUCUCAUUAAAUAAAUCUCUUGAUGCCUUGGUGCAAUCCCACGUUAUAGAAUAUAUAGAGAAAUAAGAGAUGCACUCUCAGGACUUUACAAUAAAUCCGUUGGUAUUUAUUAAAUAAAUAAAAAGGUUACAUCAUCUGACCGACGUUUCGACCCUACAGGGUCUUCCUCAAGAUCCUAAGAUAUAUAUAUUUUAUACAGGAAACCAUUGAAAUUCAAAGGUUUCCAAACCAUUUUAAAUCCAAAAGCUUUCAUUCACAGUGCUUUAAAACUUCAGCGUGUUUAACCCCUUAAGGACACAUGACAUGUGUGACAUGUCAUAAUUCCCUUUUAUUCCAGAAGUUUGGUCCUUAAGGGGUUAAAGCAGGGGUGGGGAACCUUUGGCCCUCCAGAUGUUGUGGACUACAUCUCCCUUGAUGCUUUGCCAGCAUUAUGGCUAUAAGAGCAUUAUGGGAGAUGCAGUCCAAAACUUCUGGAGGGCCAAAGGUUCCCCACCCCUGGUAUGAAGGAACACUAAAGUCACCCAUCUCCAGGUAGUGGUCUGCAUGCAGUGGCCCUGUCCUUUUAAAUGGACACUAUAAAUACCAAAACAACUUUAGCUUAAAGGGACACUAUAGGCACUCAGAGAAGUGGAACUUGCUUAACGAGACAAAGACAUGGGGAUAAAAAUACAUUGAAUUUUAAUAUUUGAGAAUUUUCAGCCACUAAGAUUUGAUUUUGGGACGUGAAUAGAAGAACAAUGUAACAAUGUCGUAGUGACACUCGGCUUGAUUGGCUGCAGGGGAAAUGCCUGUUGUCGACAGAUUCCCCAAUAUAUAUUUAAUAAAAAUAAUAUAUAUAUAUAUAUAUAUAUAUAUAUAUAUAUUAGACAUGUGCAAUUUGUUUCGGUCGAAAUUAAAAUUCGGCCAAAUUUCGGGUAAUUUGGACAUUCGGGUGCUUCCGAAUGUCCAAAUAGCUGAAUUGCCAAAGUGACGAAAUUACCGAAUUUCCGAAGUGUAGUAGUGCCGGAGUUCCGAAGUUCCGAGGUGUCAAAGUGCUGAAGUUCUGAAGCACAGUAUUGCCUAAGUACUAAUAUACUUACCCAGUGAAAGACGAAGAAUGUUUCAUUGUAUACAAUUUUAAAUAAAAAGUAUACAAACAUAGCCAGGAUUCAGCUGUAAGCGUUUGCAACACUUACAACAAUCAAGUAACAUACAUUCAUAUAAAAUGUAAGUUACUUAGCCAGUCAAUGCAAUGACAGGAAUGAAUAAGUAGAUAACUCCCUAAUUCCCACGGUAUUAGGGAGCCAUCUACUAAAAGGCUGAAAGACCUAAAUUGGUCUUUCAGCCAAAUUUACUAAUACUAAGUAAAGAUUACUUAGUAUUAAUAAAUUAUGCCCCUACUCGCUAUACAGCAAGUAGGGGCAUGUCUAUUAAACAGUGAGCAGAUGUGCGAGUGGGGGCUUUUAAACUAAAGGGGGGACCUAUUGCCCCCCCGCCCCCACCCCUGAGUGGCGAGUGGAGCCCCUAAAGUAAAAAGGGGGGGGGAGGACCUGAGUGGUGGGUGGGGCCCUAAACAAGAAUAAGGGGGGGCCUAAUGUCCUCCCCCCUGGCCUCCACCCCUGAGCGGUGGGUGGGGGCCCUAAACAAGAAUAAGGGGGGGGGGAACCUAAUGUCCUCCUCCCUGGUCCCCAUCCCUGAGCGGUGGGUGGGGGCCCUAAAUACAAAUUGGGGGGAACCUAAUGUCCUCCCCCCUGGCCCCCACCCCUGAGUGGUGGGUGGGGGGCCCUAAACAAGAAUAGGGGGGGGGACCUAAUGUCCUCCCCCCUGGCCCCCACCCCUGAGCGGCGGGUGGGGGCCCUAAAUACAAAUUUAACCCCCCUCUUCCCCCAGGUGACUAGGGGUCCCCAAACCCCUAGUCACUCCCUCCACAAAUAAAUGAACCCCUACCUACCCCCUCACCCUAAAAAUAAUGAGGGGGGGAUCUUUAACUAAGUACCUGUAAAAAUAAAAAUAAACUUACCAGUUCUUUGGAAUUUUCCCAUGCUGUGUAAUUUGACUCAUAACACUCUGAUUGGUGGAUUAAGUAACCAAUCAGAGUGUUAUGAGUCAAAUUACACAGCGUUGGAAAAUUUCAAAGAACUUUCCCACGCUGUGUAAAAUGACACAGAGUACUCUGAUUGGUGGAUUUCAAACCAACCAAUCAGAGUGCUGUGACAGAUAAAUGUAGAGACUUACCUGUCAGUCUCUUCAUUUACCUGUCAUAGCAUUCUGAUUGGAUGGCUUAAACCCACCAAUCAGAGUGCUCUGAGCCUAAUUGAGGGGCAGGGCAAUGCUUUAUAAGCCUUCCCACGCCCUGCAGUGCUCAGUCUGUGCGGAGCCCUCGCCGGAUGAAGAUGGAUUAUUUCUUUUUUUGCGCUCUGGUUUUUUUAUUGCGUCGGUUAUUAUGGAUUUUUAUUUGGCCUUUUUUGGGAAUGAAAAAAGAAGAUUUUAGAAGAAAGAAAACAUCAAAUGAUAAGUUUAUUUUUAUUUUUACAGGUACUUAGUUAAAGGUCCCCCCCUCAUUAUUUUUAGGGUGAGGGGGGUAGGUAGGGGUUCAUUUUUUUGGGGAGGGGGUGACUAGGGGUUUGGGGACCCAUAGUCACCUGGGGGAGGGGGGUUAAAUUUGUAUUUAGAGCCCCCACCUGCCGCUCAGGGGUGGGGGGGAGGACAUUAGGUCCCCCCAAUUUGUAUUUAGGGCCCCCACCCACAGCCCAGGGGUGGGGGCCAUGGGGGAGGACAUUAGGCCCCCCCAAUUUGUAUUUAGGUCUCCCACCCACCGUUCAGGGGUGGGGGCCACGGGGGAGGACAAUAGGUCCCCCCCUUAUUCUAGUUUAGGGCCCCCACCCACCACUCAGGGGUGGGGGCCAAGGGGAGGACAAUAGGUCCCCCCUUAUUCUAGUUUAGGGCCCCCCACCCACCGCUCAGGGUUGGGGGCCAGGAUGGAGGACAAUAGGUCCCCCCCAAUUUGUAUUUAGGGCCCCCACCCACUGCUCAGAGGUGGGGGUAAGGGGGUAGGGCAUUAGGUGUCCACCCCAAUUUGUAUUUAGGGCCCCCACCCACCGCUCAGGGGUGGAAGCCAGGGGGGAGGACAUUAGGUCCCCCCCCCCUUAUUCUUGUUUAGGACCCCCACCCACCUUUAGUUUAAAAGCCCCCACUCGCGCGGACCCUUUUUUUUUUUUUUUAACAGUGAGCAGCCACAGGUUUAAUAGGCAUGCCCCUUCUCACACUAUAGCAAGUAGGGGCAAAAGUUACUAAUACUAAGUAAUUUUUACUUAGUAUUAGUAAAUUUGGCUGAAAGACCAAUUUAAGUCUUUCAGCCUUUUGGUAGAUAACUCCCUAAUACCGUGGGAAUUAGGGAGUUAUCUACCAAGCGGUUGCAAGAGAAGUCCCGAAAUUCCGAAGUUGGCGAAGUUCCGAAUUGACGAAGUCCCGAAUUUUGGAAUGCCGAACCGAGCCAAAUAUUUUUCCCAUGCACAUGCCUAAUAUAUAUAUAAAAAAAUCUACACUUAGAGUGAAGUUAUGUUUUGUUGUUGUUUUUUUUUUUAAAUUCUGAGUGUAUUAUGAAUUUAAUUUGCAAGCCCUAUAUUUGACCCUGUAACUUUUUAAAACCUUAUACAACCUGUACAUGGGGAUACUGGGGGUACUCGUGAGACACAGCUGAUCACAAAUAUGAGUGUUUUAGAGCAGUAAAAUGUAUAAUGACAAUGAUCUUAUCAGUAAAGGGGCAGUUUUUUGUGGAAAAUGCAAAAAAGCAAGUAUGAACACUAACUUUGGCCGGGGUUUGUGACUAAGUGGCUACUAAAAAAACUAGACAUACCACAUUUUGAAUACUCUAGUUGUCUACUUUUGCUAAUGGUAUGCCAUGAUGGGGGUAAUUUUCAUUUCAUAAGUAUGUGUUGUGAAAUGAAAGCCCUACCUCUCCUGAUCAUAAUGAUAUAUAACAAUUGUGGGUGUACAUAAUAUGAAAGCGGUAGAUUGUGGUUGAACUGACCUAUUAUAGACCAAAUUCAAAGUUUUGUUUGGUUUCAGAACUUGGACAAUUGCCUCCGUCCUUAAGGGUUUAAAAAAGAUAAUACGUGAUUUUCAAUGUUUUAUUAAAUUGUAUAGAAGUGACAGUUACUCUUUAAUUCCUAUUCAGCUGUUGCUGACAUUUAAUUGUAUUCUGUUAUCUUGAUAUAUUUUCUCAGAUAGAAUUUCCCUGCCACCAUUAAAGCUGCAUAUCACAAUUACCUGUUUAUUCACUAGACAGCUAGUUGCCAAAUUGAGAACCAACUUGUGAAAUGAUGGUCAAAAUAAACUAUUUUAGGCAAUGUUUUGCAAGUUGGAUGUAGUGUAUGUUACCAAUUGUAUUUAUUUUCAUUGAAGGACCUAACAUGGCUCCAGGAAAUAAGUCCAAAACCUUUAAAAGCAGUUCCCUAUCCACCAGGUCAGUAUGAUGUCUACAUCCUUAUUUGCGUAAUACACAUUUUUCUUCUUUUUAAGAUUUGUUAUUGCCUCCUUUUUCAUCUUAAUGCUAAGAAUUUCCUAUCAUUUCAUAGUUGUUGUGUUUUUCCUUUUGGCAUCUGUGAUUUAAAGCAGAGGCUCAGGAAAAGUAUGUGUACAGCAACGUGCACACUCUGCAUGAUCUACUGCAGUGAACUGUGUGGUACUUUUUCAAAGUUUCCAGGUGUGUGGACAGGGACAAUAAGUCCGACUCCUUUAGCAGGGAAGGAAUGUGUAGGCUUUGGUUUGCAGUGGUGAGCUGAAACCAUCCUUGCAGCCCAGACUAAAAAGUACUCACCUAGGGACCUACGUAAAGAAAGAAAAAUUGGAAAAUAAAUGGGGGUAUCACUGCCUGAUGUGAGUCAUGGUGAGCUAUGUGGAGUGGGAGAGGCCAUAUUUAUAACUACUGACACCACUGCAGUCUUUAACAGCCUUUACACUUAUUGUUCAGAGAUAAUAAGGUAAGUACUUCAGCAGGGAAGGGACGGGGAAGCCCAGGUUUGCAAUGGGUCAACCUGAAAAAGAGGGCAGAAAUCAAAAACUGGUAAAGAUACACUUAAGCGCUUCUGGGUACAAAACAGGUUGGCUAAGGCAGGUGACGUCCUGACUAGUUUUUGCAACUACUUAUUGUUUGAUAAGAUGAUAAAUAUGAAUGAAAAAAUGUGCCAAAACAACUUUAACAAAUAAAAAAAGGAGAAACAAAAAAGAGAAAACAUUUGUGUUUUUGAUGGUUUUGCAGACGUCCUGUAAAUUCAGGAACCAAGAAAAAGAAAAGGGUAAAAAAGAGUGCAAAGGAGAAAUCUCGUGAUGAUCAGCAGAGUGUUCGUUGUAUGAGCCCACUGGUGUACAACCCAGAGGUAAAGAAUUUUUUAAAUCCUGUGUCUCUGGUUUAUCAGUUUUGUUUUGAAGAAAAUUCUUUCUUUCUAAUUUUUAAUACCAAUAUUUAGACAGGAGUAAAAAGUGCAUUAUUUUUGACAAAACACAAAAGCAAAUUCGCCACCAGGUACAAAAAAAGUACCGUAUAUACUCGAGUAUAAGCCGACCCGAAUAUAAGCCGAGGCCCCUAAUUUUACCCCAAAAAACUGGGAAAACGUAUUGACUCGAGUAUAAGACUAGGUUGGGAAAUGCAGCAGCUACUGGUAAAUUUCUAAAUAAAAUUAGAUCCUAAAAAAAUUAUAUUAAUUGAAUAUUUAUUUACAGUGUGUGUGUGUGUAUGAAUGCAGUGUGUGUGUAUGAAUGCAGUGUGUGUGCAUAAAUGCAGUGUGUAUGAGUGCAGUGUGUGUGUGUGUAUGACUGCAGUGUGUGUAUGACUGCAGUGUGUGUAUGACUGCAGUGUGUGUAUGACUGCAGUGUGUGUAUGAAUGCAGUGUGUGUGUGUGAGUGCAGUGUGUGUGUGUGUAUGAAUGCAGUGUGUGUAUAAAUGCAGUGUGUGUAUGAGUGUGCAGUGUGUGUGUGUGUGUAUGAGUGCAGUGUGUGUAUGAAUGCAGUGUGUGUAUGAAUGCAGUGUGUGUGUGUUGCAGAGCCUUGGUGGGGGGGUGGGCAUUUUUAUAAAAAAAAAUAUUAUUUUAAAAAAAAAUUAUAUUAUUAUUUUUUAUUAUUUUUUUAUUAUUAUUAUUAUUUAUAUUUAUAUAUUAUUAAUGUAUUUAUUUUUUGUCCACCUCCCUGCUUGAUACAUGGCAGGGAGGGGGGCUCUCCUUCCCUGGUGGUCCAGUGGCAUUGGCAGUUCAGUGGGGGGAGGAGGGGGGCUGGCAGAGCUGUUACUUACCUCUCCUGCAGCUCCUGUCAGCUCUCUCCUCCUCCGCGCCGGUCCGUGCAGCUCUUCUCUCAGCUCACACUGUAAGUCUCGCGAGAGCCGCACUAUGACCCCGCGGCUCUCGCGAGACUUACACUGGGAGCUGACCGAGGUGCUGACCGGACCGGCGCGGAGGAGGAGGGAGCUGACAGGAGCUGCAGGAGAGGUAAGUAACAGCUCUGCCAGCCCCCAGUCUGUAUUAUGGCAAUGUAAAUUGCCAUAAUACAGACAGUGACUCGAGUAUAAGCCGAGUUGGGGUUUUUCAGCACAAAAAAUGUGCCGAAAAACUCGGCUUAUACUCGAGUAUAUACGGUAGAUGAAUGUUGAAAGAGUCGCCUUUUUGCUUAUUAAGUUAGUACCAAAGGCAGAUACAAGUACAAACACAUAUUAUAUUAAAGCCUAACUAAUGUUGGAUAUCCUCAAGCUAUGGAUGAGGACAUCCAGCAUCUGCUAAAACCCCACAGGAAAGCAUUGUGAAACAAUGCUUUUCUAUAGGGAUGUCCUAAUGUGAACAUGACUCUCGCUGCGCAUGCGCAUUAGGUCCCGACCUUGGUUGGGGUGGCAGAGUGAAGGCGGUGACCCAGCAUUGAGGGAUGUCUGCCCUAGAUUAAGGUAAGUGACACAAUGGGUUUUAACCCUUUCUGUGCUGACGAGUGGGUGACACGUAAGCAGCCCCCUUUCAAUUUUGUAUUCCUAGCCUUUAGUUUCCCCUUUAAAGGGACACUCUAAGCAACAUCACUUCAACUCUCUGUAGUAGCAUGUUCUUAGUGAGAUAAUGAGAACAUAUUAUUGGCUACAUUUUAUUACCAGCAAACGCAUGUUUUUCAGGAAAUUGAGUACAGCAGUCAAGAUAUGUUAAAGGUUGAACAUUAUGGGCUUGAGUUGUUUUUUUUGUCACUCUAAAUUGUGGUUGGUAUGUAAAUAGAUUACUUGUCACUGUGCUUUCGUCAGCAUAAUUUAGUGAUCAAGUCAAUGAUAUAAAAAGGGACGAAAAUAGCAAAGGCGAUAACUCCCAACAAUCAAUACAAAUCUAGAAUACAUGGUGAAUUUCAAUUUCACACUAUUCUUGCAAAAUCAAAUACGCACUUCUUGGUUAGUGACAGUCUCACUUUUACUCUCACUAAAGGUAAGUAGAUACACAUCUGUAUCUCUGCUCCGCUUUUGAAUGAAAGGUAUUACCUCUCCACAGAUGCUGUGCGUCAGGGGUCAAUUUUUAGAAAAUAAAUGUAUGGAUAUAUCAGGGUCACUUGACCUUACUUAACCCUUGUUAUUCCUUGCUUAAAGGAACGCUAUAGUGUCAGAAUUACAAAUGUGUUUUCCUGACACUACAGUGUUAAACACAUAGGUUAGGUAGCUGGCCUCCCUUGCCCCUAUUAAAAAGGGUUAAAACAUAUUUUUAUUCCAGCGCCACACGGGUCUGCCACCCCCUCCGCCUCCUUGGCUGAAAUCAUCAAAAUUGAUAAUCUCAGCCAAUCCAAUGUUUUCCCAUAGGAAAACAUUGGGAGGCUAUUGUGCAUGCAUGCAAAGCGGCACGUUGCGUCACUCAGCAUCUCCUCAUAGAGAUGCAUUGAAUGAGGAACAUUCAGCACCUCUAUGCAGAGCGUGGAGAUGAGGGGAGGUCUUCCUAGGCAGUUAUGUAAGCACUACUAACAUUAAGCUGUAGUUUUUCUGGUGACUAUAGUGUCCCUUUAAUGAAACUUCAAGUUUUACAUAGCAACUGCAUUCAGCAUUUGCAAUAUACAUAUAUUCAAAUAUAAAUAUGUUCACCUUUGAUGUUUUUUGUCGUUUGUGGGAAAACACCAAUAUUGACGCUUUGAGUUGUGACCUGUGCCCAGACAAGUAAGUAGGACACUCAUGUCUGACAAUUCAAGCGAUGCUAUAACUUUCAGUAGUGGUUCAAAGCAUAUCUUAUGAACCUCUGCACCACACGUUGUAUUUGAGAAUGCAUGUGAAUGCUUGUGUGCAGUGCCAGUUUAGGUGGAAUGUAGUGAUGCGAAUGUAUGGAUAAAAAAAAGUGCAAUUACAUCCACUGUGAAACUACUGGAAGUGCCUCUAUUGGCUGUCUGGCAGACAACCACUAGAGGCAAUCUUACCAUUGCAAUUUAAUAUGGACGUCAUAUGACUCACUACUUGUUCAUGCAUUUUCAUGAGCAGGGUGCCAGCAAUCAUGAAACAUUACCAUUACACGUCAGAUAACAGGAUGGACCAGAACAACCUUCUUUUUGAUGAAAAUUCGAUUUUAAAAAGUCCAAGGGCUUUUCAUUAGCUCUUAAUUGGUGUAGUUAUCUUGUGUCAGUUAUUAAGUGUGUCUGAAAUCCGACUGUCAAAGCAGCAGCUCCUAAACCAGCUCUCAGGCACCAUCAACAGACUAGUCCUGUUUUUAUCAAUAUUGUUCUUGGAUAUCCUUACAUCCUAACCUUUCAAACAUACAUGCAACGGUUUCACCAUACCACAGAGACUUCAAUGCAUUGAAAAGAUUUUAUUUCCUGUUUGCAUUUUAACCAUAUAUAUAUAUGGGUAAAGCAAAUAUUUGUGAAACUUUAUGACUACUGCGGCUACAGCACAUCGACUGCAUACAGAGAAAAGAAGAAAUGAAACAAUAUUUCUAUUUCUCCUUUCGUUUGCAAUGUUCGACCUGCGUAAACUUGCUUAUGAUAUAAGUUGGUGAACCUUUAAUAUAAAUUUAAAAGAAAACAUAGCACGCCAUAGAAGAAAGAUGAACACCAUUUUUUUUUGGUGUUUUCAAUGUUUUGUUUAGUAGUAUAAAUUACGGAGUAGUAACAGUAUCCUUUAAAAAAAACAAAACAGUUAAACAGAUCGAUAAAAAAAUAGCAAUAUUUAAAAAAAAAAUUCCAAUACAGAAAAUUAUAGAAGAAUAGGAGGAUAUGUUUCAGAAAGUCUGUAAUUUCUGGAGAUCCUGUUAUCUCUUCCCCCCAUUCAUGUUAACCUUUCACCUAGUUAUUCAGAAUGAUGAUCAAGCUUGCUCAGUCUGUUUUCCCGUCUGUCUCACACAAAGCCGCAUCCUGUAAGUGGUAGUGUAAGACUAUAUGCAAGGAAUAUAUAGAAAUAUAAAUGUUGGCUACAAAUAAAAGCUAAUUAGCCCAUCUGGUUAGUCAUUCUCCUAUAUAACACAACAACCCUUAUUUUUAAUAUUUCUUCUGGGUACUUAUAUUUACAUGAAGCAGUCUCUCGUGGCUUUCCCCAUUUUCUCCCUGUGGACCAACUUCAGCUCCUGGUGCUUCAUCUGCUAGGAGACAUAUCUGUAUGAGCGAGACCACAGAGCCUCCAUAGAUCAUAUCUCGAGACCUCAGAUUCUACCAUACGACAGAGUAGUCCCUACUUUAAGGUCACGGAAAAAAUGGCAUAUUCUAUAUGUAUAGAAUAGGAAGUGUAUUCCCAGUCCUUAGAGGUAGGCGGGCGGCUUUUCUUAUAUGCUGGGCAUUGACUAGACGUGUUUAAUAUUACACAAAAUCGAAGAGAUAACAUCUACUGUGUUUACUAUGUGACAUUGUCCAAAACUUUAUUAUUGACAGUCUGCAAUAAUUUCUUUCUCCAUCCUCGGCCAUUGGAGCUGGGUUUGACACAGAAAGGAUACUUUGUCAGAGACAUUUUAAGCAACAGAGUUUUAAUGCCUCUUAUAACAGGUGAAGAAUAUUAUCGUUGUACCUUCUGUUUUUGUUGUGUCCCAAAUCCACCAUUUCUUUUCAACCCACCAUUCAGUUUUUCAAUAUUUUCUUGCUGUUCCUUCUCUGACAUCCUUAGGUUAAGAGUAUAGCAGGGUGUAAUGAUUGUACGGUUAACCUGAGGUAAAACAUUUCUGCUCAUUAGUUUCUCUGCAUUAUACUCCACCAUGUUUUGUGUCUGCUUUAUUAUGUCUCUGAUAUGAGAAUGGAGGCUAUAGCUGUAGGAGGUUCUUUCUAUUUAUACCCAUUGAAGACUCUCAGUAGGUGGAUUUCAAUGAAUUAAUCGCUGAGUGCAUUGUUAUGAACAACUGUGAUUGAAUGAUUUCCUUCUGUGAGCAUAUGGAUUCUACAUACCAUUGGGCAGCGCUUCACAUGUGAAAUCUAUCUAUGGCUGGUUAGAAAAAAAAAAAUGGCCAAUUUGGUAAACCAAAGUUAAUAAUUCCCAGAAGUUCAGGUAACAAUUUCGAAUGUUAUUUAAGGAUCUUUCAUUUGCUGGGAGCUUCUUAAAAUCAUAUUUUUAGGAAUGUGGCACUUUCAAGGCUCCUUUAAAUUCUCUACAGGGUGUAAAAUGAGUUGUAGAUUAUACAUAUCACUAUCUGUAUCCUUGAAACCGUAUGUAUGUGUGUUAUAAGUGCAAACAAACUAAAAGACACUGUACAUUACUCCUCUCGGUCACUCCCCAAUCUGCAAGUACACCUUGUUUUGUUAUCAUUUGUACUCCCACCUCUGAUGCUCGCGUUCAAGACUUCUCUAGGGCUGCACCGUUUCUUUGGAACUCCAUUCCCUUGUCCUUUAUUAGACUUUCACCCAGUCUCCAAUUCUUCAAACAAUCAUUGAAAACUCACUUCUUCAGGAAUGUGUAUCAAUUAAACUGUUAACAGCUUUCCAACCCAGCAACCUGAUUCAUCUCCUGCAACUGUCAACAAACUAAGCCCCCAGUGAAUACUUUUAUAGCACCCUACUUUUCUACCCUAUCUUAUCCUAUCCUUACCUUUGUGUCACUAUACCCCACUCCCUCUAGCAUGUAAGCUCAUUAAGCAAGGCCCUCGAUCCCUCUGUUCCUGUGCGUCCAACUCGUCUGGUUACAAUUACGUGCAUGUUAGUCCACCCAUUGUACAGCGCUGCAGAAUUUGUUGGCGCUUUAUAAAUAAUCUUAAUGAGCUGUAAACAUUUUAUGAACACUCAAAACACAGAUAUGUAUAAAGCAGAUUUCACACGUACAACCACCUUCCUCCAGGAUGACACAUAACAAUUUCAUUUUUAAUUGGAACAUUCUGAGCAACACGCUGAGAACGUGGUCAUUCAGUCUCCUUUGGGAUAACGUACAUAUGUUGGCCAGACCUGUAGUCUAUUCUGUGAAGAUUACAAUGUGUGGAAUUCCUUUAUCUAUAUUGUUAAAUAGAUCCCCAGGCCUUACGAUGCUGCAUGGACUCAUGGUGACAACAUCCAGGCAGAGAAUUGAAACCUUCCCCUUGGAGGAUUUCCAUGCUCUCCCAGCAGAGAGCACAUAAAGAGCCAGUCCAAGCCUUUGAACUCAGUCAGAUAAGCUUUGUACUGGGCCUUCUCAAAUCAGGCAAGAGACAUUUAACCCACUGCUGUUCUAUUAUACCAACUAUAUGGGAGGUUGCCAUGCAGAUGCAAGUGACGAAAGUCCAUGCAUCAUAUGAACUACAUAAAUAAUUGGAUUAAGUAAUAUAGUAAUCCUAAUGUUACUCUUAUAAAAGAACGGCUUAUUGCAGGUUUUCAAUUUUCAUACCUUAGAACAUGUUUUAACCUUUUAUUGCCCUGUUGUUUUCAUCAGGUUUGGGUGAGUGAUGUUAUUAUUGCCAUUUAUAUAGCGCUAAUAGAUUCUGUAGCGCUUUACAAUAUUAUGAGAGGGGGGAUUUAACUAUAAAUAGGAUAAAUACAAGAAAACUUAUAGGAAUGAUAGGUUGAAGAGGACCCUGCUCAAACAAGCUUACAGUCUAUAUUACCUUGCAUUCCUCAAAUACCAAACAGGGCAUUCACGAACGUGUGAAGUCAAGAUAAAUUAAAAAUGAAUUUUCAAUUAAAGUUCAAAAUAGUGAGCGAGAAAAACAUCUGUAAGUCAGCUCUGCUUUCUGCUCGGCUACUCUGGUUUUAAAUGUGAAAUCACUUUUAAUUCUCACUUUAGUCAAAUAUCCCUGUGUUGUGUGAAUUGCUAGGAUUUCAAAGUGAAUUUCAAAUUUUAGGUCAAAAUAACAAAAUUCUCCAAGUCCAUCAUGUAUUCUGGCUAUUUUGGUCAAAAAUGUGAAAUUCCUUGUUGAAGUCCUGGCAGUUCACACUUUAGUAAGUAACCAAUCAAGUAUUUUAAACUGUGAUCCAACUAUGGAAGGGUGCAAAGAAAAUAUGCUUCUCCUAGUCACAGGAAAUACAACUCGCAUUAAUAUAUUCUGUGCUGUAAAGAUAGUGAAGCUUUUACAUAUGUGUUUUCAUGUGUCACCAAAUGGUUCUUUUAAUACCACCCUUGCUGUCAUUGACGAAAUCCAGAUGCUGUGUCUCCAUGGCAACAAAAAAAAGCUAUUGUAGACUCCCAUAAUUUAAAUGUCGUAUGUUUGCAAUUUUUAUAUGCGCGUACUGUGUUACAACUCACAGGUUUGAAGCUCAUGCAGCAUUGGUAGUUCUGCUAAAAACUCUAACGGAGGUUUCACGCUGCUUAAAAAAUAUCAGCUAAAAAGAAAGGAAUAUUCUCUUGUACUGGAUGGAGUGUACGGUAGGCCUACCAUCCAUUUUAGGAAUCAUUGCUGCAGAAUUCUGUUGCUGGUAGUUUUCCUUUAAUUCUUCUUUUGUUCUCUUUAUCCAUUGUGUAAACUGCCAUUAAUUUAGUAAGUUUACAUUUUAACAAUUAUACAAUUUAACAAUUAUAACUCUGCCUAGCACAAAAUUUUACUAAAUAAGGGAAUUUAAAAUAUGUGUACCGAUAUUUAAUUCAAGGAUUUUACAAUUAUCAUGACGGAAAGUCAUGAUUUUAUUAAAGACACGGAGGCGAGUAUUAUGCUGCACUCUUUCCUUAAUUCCCUCAGCAGCAAAGAAACAUUAUUUUAAAAAAAAGUUAACAUUUGAACAGGUAUAAACAUCACAAUGAUAAUGUCCGCCUAGUAACAUGACCCUCCAAUCAGUGACAUCCUUCUCCUAUAGUAGGCAGAGCAUCGAUGACCAUUUCCUCUUUCUUGCGAAGCCCGAAGAAUAAUUCAACUCCGAACAAGAAACGAUAAACAAACAAACUGCCUAUGCCUGUGCUUCAGGGACUAUGCCUGUGCUUCAGGGACUUCUUUCAACCAAGUCACGCUAAAAGAAACAAGAAAAUAUGGUAAUGUCCAGAAAUCGAGGGUUGUCAGCAAAUAUAGAGGGCUGAUCGUCUGAUUAAACAUUGAUAAUAAUUCAUAAAUGUAGUAUGAGGAAACUAGUAGCCUGAAGAUAACAGUGACAAAUAAAGUCCAUCAUUAAAUAAUUCCCUAGAGCAAUGUAGGUAUGUGGUGGCAUCCGUAGCAUCAAACUGAACUUACCAUGGGUUGUCUGUAACUUACCUUAACCCACAUCCAAGCCGUCUUUGAUAAAAUCAUGACUUUCUGUCAUGGUAAUUGUAAAACCCGGAGGCUCCUAUUAUGCUAUUUUAAAGCCGUGAUAUCACGGCGUCUGUGAAAUGCUGGAUUGGUUUGAAAUAGAAUUUACGGAAAGUAGUUUCCGUGGACCAAUCAGCUGCUUUCAAUAUAUCUUCCAAGCGACAACCAACAAAGGAAGCUUUGGAGGCUAUGGCACCACGAACUGAAUGCGGAGAAAAUAUAGAGGUAUCAAUGCCUGCCAAGGACAUGAGCCACUUGACCCAGCGUCCAAGGUAGGAGUGGAAACCGGAACAUCCGGUUUGCGGAAGGAGAUAAAGAGUUGGGGGUCUGAACCAAUCCGGAGAGGAGCGGUACGAGCUUCGUACGCUUUGAGACAUGCUACUGGGCACAGGAGCGGUUUCGUGGGGGAACUCGGAUAUCGGACGACUGGGAGGAUGAUUUUGUCCUUCGCAAGAUGUCAAAGACGACUCAGUCCGGGGAGAAGGAGCAGGCAUUGACAUCGAGAGCCCUAACGUCUGAUACUCUUUUACAUGAGAUUAGGCACAACAACAUGACCAGUUUAGCCGAGAGUUGCUUCAGGGAUAAAGCCUCAUUGUCUAGCGACACAGUCAGGAAAUUCAAUACCCAGGAGACGUCCCAUAGGGAGGAAUAAUGAGGUAAAGGUGACCUUGCAAAGCAGAUGCCGUGGAGGAGGCGACAGACAAGUGGGUGUCAUCCCACCGGGGUACCGUCAAUGCCGGCGUGGUCGGCUGAAAUCGCUGAUCGGUAGAGGUUCACCAUCCGAUAAGCUUCCCCAUCCUCAUAGAGGGAGGUUAAGAAUUGGAGGAUAGUUGUCACAGGAGUUGAUAGGGGAUCCACACCCCUUGCCACGCACCAAUCAUCCCAUGUGCGCCAAGCAGACUUGUAAGACUGUCUCGUGCCGGGUGCCCAUGCUCCCUUGAGAAGUCGGACAGUCGAUUGCGAAAGUCCCUUGAUUGCCCAGGGUCCCCGGAAAUUAGCCAUGCCGUGAGGUGGAGGAGGCCCUGGGGGAUCAGGGGGUGGGUGGUCCCGUCGGGGUCCCAUAGGAGGGAGUGGGAGUCCCAGAGGAGUCUUGGGCGAUCUAUAGUCAUCUCUAGUAACGGAGGGAACCAGGGUUGUGAUGGCCAGAGGGGGGUUAUUAUCACUAGGCAGCCUAAGUGGCGUCGCAAGUGAAGCAGGCAACGCGGGAUAAGGGCGAAUGGAGGCAAUGCAUAGUUCCUGGUGGUGGACCAGUCUUGGGAGAAUGCAUGCGUAGCCAAAGCUUUCGGGUCUUGCCUCCAACUGAAAAAGUUUGGAAGUUGGGUAUUCAAGCGAGAGGCAAACAAGUCUAUUGUUAGAGGACCCCAUAGGUCCCAGAUGUAGUACAAGAUAUGGGGAUCGAGGUGCCAGUCGCUGGAGUCCCACAGGUGAUGGGAAUACCAAUCCGCUGUAGUGUUGGACAACCCUGGUAGAUAUUCUGCUCUGACAGCAAUGUUGUGUUGGAGGCAAAAUUGCCAGAAAUCCCGGGCCAAUUUUGGUAGGAUUUUGGAUCUCGUGCCUCCCACGAUUUAUAUAAUGGAACGCCGAGAUGUUGUCCAUCUUCAACAAUAUUGAGCACUGGGACAGGGUCGGGGAUAGGCUGCGAAUCGCAAAGGACCCCGCUAGGAGUUCUAAGAAAUUUAUAUGCAAGAUGGAUUCCAAGUCCGACCAUCAUCCGCCAGUGGAAACAUCUCCACAACGAGCUCCCCAUCCGUAAGAACUCGCGUCUGAUUUUAUGACUAUCUCUGGGGCCGAGCCGAAAAUGGCUUUGCCAUUCCAUGCCUCCAUGUGUAGUAGCCACCAGUGGAGUUCUUCUUUCGCUUCUGUAUCUAGAGUUUGGGUAUCCUCGUAUGAGGCGCCGCCCCUGAGGUGUGACGCCUGUAGGUGUUGGAGGGCUCUGUAAUGAAGGGGACCUGGAAAAAUGGCUUGUAUGGAGGCAGCCAGGAGUCCGAUGACAAGGGCCAGGUGUUUGAGAGAUAAAUGCGGGGAGGCUAGAACACGCCUUAUCUCUUUUUUGAUAUUCCUCAUUUUGGAGGCAGGCAAGAAUAGGGUUUGCGUUACUGAAUCCACUAGGAGUCCUAGAAACUCUAUCCUCUGAGUGGGAACUAGUAUGGACUUUUCCCAGUUGAUAAUGAACCCUAGAUUCUGUAGUAAGGUUGUGGUCCAACCGAGGUGAGUAUGGAGUUGGGGCACCGAUUCGGACAGCAGUAGGAUGUCGUCUAAGUAAAUGAUUUGAUGAAUCCCCCGACUGCGUAGGAGAGCAACAACUGGCUUCAUGAGCUUGGUGAAGCACCAAGGUGCGGAAGAGAGACCGAAGGGAAGGCAGCGGAAUCGCCAUUUCUUUCCUUGCCAUGUGAAUUGCAGGUAGUCCUGAUGGGCUUCCGCAAUGGGCACCGUGAGGUAUGCAUUUUGUAGAUCGAGCUUCACCAUUCAGUCAGAUGGUUGGAGCAGAUCUCGUAGGCAAUGAAUGCCCUCCAUUUUGAAAUGGUGGUAAUUUACAUAGGAAUUUAAAUGUUUGAGGUUGAUGACUGGGCGGGUUCCGCCACCCUUUUUGGGGACAAUAAAUAGGUUGCUGAUAAAACCUGGGGUAUGCCUCGGUAUUUCUAGAAUAGCCCCAUUGAGUGCUAACUUUUGUAUUUCCUCGGAGACGAGGAUAGUAUCUGAUCGGGAAAAAACAAUCUCCCUGGGUGGGGAUUGUUGGAUAGGUAGGGAUAAAAAGUCUAUGAGGUAUCCGUGGACUGCUUUGAGUAUCCAGACAUCUGAUGUAAUGAGAGCCCAGACAUGGGAAAAAUGUGUGAGUCUGCCCUCAACUGUGACAUGAGAAGAAAAACGAGGUAGGUAGCUUACCGUAAGGACGUCUUCCGGAAGGAGCGCCUCGUGAGCCUCUCGACACCCAUGGUCUGCCUCUUUGAGGGAAGAAAGUCGGAGUGGACCUCUGCUCUGGAAAGGGGGUUCUCCCCAUGUAGGAGCCUCGGUUCGUUUGGCGUGAACCUCUAUGAACUCUGCCGGCCCCUUGCUCUGCCGGCCCUAGAAAAAACCUUUGGGUUGAACACCCUUUUCAUGUUUAAUUGUGCCUUGUCCAAGGCAGUAAAUGUUUGGACAUAUGCGCCCAGGUCUUUGACAAAUGAGUCUCCAAAGAGGAAACCUUUAGCUUGAGGGCCUGGUUCUGUAAUUGCCAUGUGAAUGAGCUUAGGCUCUAUCUUUAAUAGGAUAGAUUUCCGGCGCUCUGUGGCAAGAGCGGUAUUAGCAUUGCCAAUGAGGCAUAUAAUUCUUUGGAUCCAGCCUCUAAUCGUGAGUUGGUCUAGGACCUCAUCUUGGGCCAAGGAUUCUUCCACGGCUUCAAAUAUUUUGGUUGCUGGUCCCAAUAAAUCUAGAACCUUGUCCUGGCAAUUGUAUAAGUAAAAAUCCAAGCCUUUCUUAGGCUUCCAUCCAGUUUUGCUCAGGAACUGGAUAAUUUUGGGGUCAACUAGGGGGGUCUUACAGGCCUCGUCAGGUACAGUGGGGCGUGGGCAUUCUGCCCUUAGCUUAUUUCAGGCCGCCUUAUCUAGAGGCUUGCGGACCCGGGAUGCCACAUAUUGUGCCACAUGUUCCGCCGGCGACCACUCCGCUGAGCGGGGGUGGCGCAAGUCAUUAGGCUCAAAUAGGGGUUCGCCCUGUGGGUCGAGUAUUUUAUCCCCUUUAUUUAGGUCAGGGUUAGAUGUGCUUGUGGUAUGUAAAUCGGUAGAGGUUUUUGAAUCCUCACCAAAUCCGUAGUCUGAAUCUAAGUCAGAUAAAUCAUUUGACUGGUCUGAUUCCAAUGACAAUGCACUCUCCUCCUCUGAGCUGAGUUCAGACUCAGUAUAAUCUGGUUGGGCUUUAGCCCAUUUCCAAUUCCUAGCCGCUUUUGCCCGGCUAGAGGCUCUUUUGCGCAGUGGAUUAUUAUUCGCGCCAUCUGUGACAGGUUUAGAACUGUCCAUCUGUUUUUUGGAUGAGUGCUUUAUUUUUGCAGAGGCCUUGCGGCCGGGGUGUGUAGGGUGAGAGUCUGUGGGUAUUGCGGCUGGCAUAGCUGCCGGAGGGACCACUGAUUGGGCCUUGUGUGAAAGAUUUUGAUAGAGAUGAGGACAUAAUGUCCAUUGCAGAAGCCAAGGCUUUUGACACAGUAGUGUCCAUAAUUGCCUGAAUUUCCUCAGAUGCAGGAAAGUCAGUCUCAUCCCCAACCAGGGGAGUUUUAGCCACGAGGCAAACAAGGCAUUUGCCUUGGGCGGCAUUUUUCAGGGGGCAGCAAAAAACGCCGCCCCCCAAAUGCCCAGGCAAAUGCUUUGUUAGCCUCGCGGCUAACUGACCGGCUGGGCAGGCGAGGGAGCUCUUCCCCUGAGCGGCCCGCUCAGCUCCCUCGCGCGCAGCAGAGUGAGGCUGGGAACCGGAAGAUGACGUCCUAUUCCGGCUCCCAGCCUCACUCUGCGGGCGGCGCACGAGGGAGCUGAGCAGUCAGCUCACGGGAAGAGCUCCCUCGCCAGCCGCCUGCCUAGCCCAGCCGGCAUCCACUGGACCACCAGGGAGGUAAUGAACCCCCCUCCCUCCCCCCAGCACUCCCAAAGGUAAGGGGGGGGGGCUAAAUAAAAAUAAAUAAAAAAAUGUGUUAAUGUGAGUGAGUGAGUGAGUGAGUGUGUGUCUGUUAAUGUGUUUGUGUUUUGUUAGUGUGUGUCUGACUGUGUCUGUUAGUGUGUAUGUGUGUGUGUCUGACUGUGUGUGUGUGUCAGUGAGUGUGUGUUUGCCUGUGAGUGUGUGUGUCUGUUAAUGUGUGUGUGUUUGUUUGUUAGUGUGUGUGUGUGUGUGUCUGCUAGUGAGUGAGUGUGUCUGUUAGUGUAUGUGUCUGACUAUGUUUGUCUUAGUGUGUCAGUGAGUGUGUGUGUGUGUGUCUGACUGUGUGAGUGUGUCUGUUAGUGAGUGUGAGUGUGUCUGUUAGUGUGUGUGUGUUUCUGUUAGCGAGUGUAUGCGUAUCUGUCAGUGAAUGUGUGUGUGUGUAUUUAGAAGGCGGGGGGGUUGGUGCAGGGGAGGUUGGCGCGGGGGGAGGGGGGGAGGGGGAGGGCGCCUGCGUUUUGUCCUGCCUAGGGCAGCACAAAACCAGGAUACACCACUGUCCCCAACAAUCAUAUGAGGCAAAGCUAUGGAGGUUUGGGGAUUAGAUUCAGCCCCAGAUGGCCCAGGUAAUUCAUUGGGUGACUGCAUAUUGAAGUAUAGUAAUAAGGUAGUAAGGUCAAGGGUAAUUUAAUGAUAAGUAGUACAAUGGUGAACUGGAUUAAGUAACCCAGAGGAAAACAAUUGACAAUCACAAGUAAUAAAAUUAGAUUUUAUAACAAUGCCAACUACUCACAGCCACUAAUGGGGGGAGAGCAUAAACAGAGAACCGUCCGCCACUAAUUCUGGACACCCACUCCGACCAGAGGGCGAAGUGGGCAUAUCAGAGCAAAAGGGUGGGAAGACCUUGAACAAAAUGGCCGCUGCGAUAAUGGAUGACGAGACUCGCAUGCGUGGACGAACAGGAGUCCUAGCACACGUGAGCACGGUCGGUUGGCUGAUUCAGUAGUUCUGUACUGAUGAGAAAGUAUUAUUUCCUCUUUCAAACAGUGCAAAUGUGAAGCACAAAUGCCAUAAUAAAAAUGUAUAGAAUGUAUUUUUGGAAAGUAAAGUACAAUACUAAGUUGAAAAUUAAUAUAAAUUCAUCACACAUAAAAUAAAGAUGAACAUUUAAGGUACCACGUAAAAUAAGGUUAAGGUAGUAAACAACAGUAUAUAAUACAAUCAUAAGAUGGUCUCACAGUCUUAGAGCACUGUGAGAGGAGUACUUAUCUGAGGGAAGCAGCAAAGAAAGAGAAAAUGGUCACUGAUGCUCCGCCUGCUAUAGGAGAAGGAUGUCACUGAUUGGAGGGUCAUGUUACUAGGCGGACAUUAUCAUUGUGAUGAUUAUACCUGUUCAAAUGUUAACUUUUUUUCAAAUAAUGUUUCUUUGCUGCUGAGGGAAUUAAAGAAAGAGUGCAGUAUAAUAGGAGCCUACGGGUCUUUAAUAAAAUUCCUUUUGGCAUUCAUUUUAAUGCAUUAUAGAUUGCAUUCUAAAUAGUGAGUAAUUUUACCACAAAGUUUCCCUUUAUUUAUUUUUUUGUAAAGAUAUUUUUAUUUAAAAAAAAUUUCAAUCUGAAACUUAAGUGGACACACAGGUCCCUAAAAUGUGAUCAUUGUAACUGGUCUCAGGGUACUCAAAAUUGGUAUAUAUAACAGAUUGCUAUGGGACUCACAGGUCCCUGCGAAGUGGUGAAUUAUGAUUGGUAAUCAUGUCCGUACUCCCAAAACAACUGUACUACUUGUCAACUUAGCUCAAGCCAGUUUUGGAACAUAAAGAUACAAAUGUAUUAGUCUGAAUUGCCUAAUGCAGGUUAAAGUGAUUGACUUGGUGGAGAGAGAGGGGUAGGGAGGAAGGGAGCAAAGAAGAAGCUGUAAUUUCACAGGGGAGCCUUCCUUAUUCCCCCCCAUGAGGCUUUUUUUGUCUGCGGUAAUCCACAUCUUGGCUAUCUAUAUCCUCCUCCCUCUACCCAACCACUACCUGUCCAUCUCCCUAUGACUCAUGAAGCCUACCAUGGGUUCCCCAGGACAAGAGACUGACAUGGCAUCUGCCGGGGUUUGGGGUGUGGCUUUUUUUGCUUCCGUCUGAAAGUACCACCCAAGGCAAAUGCCUUAUCAGCCUCACGGUAAAUUCAACGCUGGUCAUGCACAAGGUCACAUAUUUUACUCCACUAGUUGGAUGUGAAGCUUUCCCCUAUAGAAGUCUCACCCAUGUAUGAUGGAGGCGGAUAGUUUCCACCAUAUUGGAGGGCCGAGUGUAAUGAUAUUGAUGUUACAAAGUUUUGGAGUCCAGAGGUAGCCACUCGUUACCCAGGUGGUUGAGCCCCUGAGCCUUGAGUGGCCUUCUGGUCUUAAGCAGAGAUGGGAGACUGGAACAGAAAGAUGAUAAUCGUAGUGAGGCAAUCCGAGGUCAGUGGGAAGGAGAAGCAGCAGAGUCAAAACAGUCCAAAUUCAGCAACAGGAAGGAGAAACAGGAACACGCUUGAUUAGAGAGUACAGGAACCACAAUAAUCUGGCAAAGGUACAGAGACAGGAAGUGGCUUUUAUAGGCCAAGAACCAGACACCUGACCAGACACAGCUGAAGAGAGUUGUCACUGAUAACCUUGACUCUACAAGCAAUGGUAUCAGAUCUCAGGUAAAUUUGCAAAAGGCAGGCUGGUGUACUGGUAAGGAAGAGGUUUAGCACCAUGUAAACCAGGGUUUGAAACCCAGCAGAGUCAGUUCCUCACAUUACCUCCACCUCUACAGGCGCAGCCUCUGGAUGCCCUAUUUCCUGGUUUAGCAGGGUACUGUGCAUGGAAAGACUGAAGAAGAUCAGGAGCAUGAAUAUUGUCCACUGGUUCCCACGAUCUAUCCUCCUCACCAUAGCCUUUCCAAUGAACCAAAUAUUGAAGCUUGUUGCGGAAGAUCCUGGAGUCAAGAAUUUUUUCCACCUCGUAUUCAUCUUCACCAUCCACGAGGACUGGUGGUGGGGCAGGCAAGGCUCGACCAGGGAAAGUAUUUUCAUGAAAAGGUUUAAGCAGUGCCACGUGAAACACCGGAUGUAUUUUCAUGGAAUCCGGAAGUUGCAGACGGAAGGUGACUGCAUUGAUCUGAGCGAUUAUCUUAAAAGGUCCCAUGAACUUUUGACCCAAUUUAUGAGAAGGAAUCCUAAGCUUAAGAUUCUUUGUUGACAGCCAAACCUUGUCACCAACAUGAUAAACUGGGGCCUCCUUUCUGUGCCUAUCAGCAGCUCUUUUGUAACAUUCCUGAGCCUCCGAAAGAGUCUCCUUCAACAGUUCUUGGGAAUCUCGUAAGGCGGUUAGCCGGUCAGUGACUGCAGGAAUGGGAGUAGUAAUUGGGAGACUCACUAGAAAGGUUGGAUGGUAACCAUAAUUGGCAAAAAAUGGGCUCAGAGAAGUGGAGCAGUGUUGGGCAUUGUUAUAGGCAAACUCCGCCGUGGGUAGAAAAUCCAGCCAGUCAUCCUGCAGGUAACUAAUAUAGCACCGCAAAUAUUGUUCUAAAGUCUGGUUGGUUCGCUCAGUCUGUCCAUUACUUUGUGGAUGAAAAGCUGAAGACAGAUUUACAUUAAUACCUAGAAUAGAACAAAAAUAUUUCCAAAAAUGAGAUGUAAACUGCACUCCCCUGUCAGAAAUUACUUCAUCAGGCACUCCAUGCAAGCGAAAUAUUUCCCGAAUAACAAGGUCAGCAGUCUGUUUAGCUGAAGGGAGACCACGAGCUGGUAUGAAAUGACUCAUCUUGGUUAACCGGUCCACAACAACAAGAAUGGUAGUGUGUUCCUUAGAGGGAGGUAGUUCCACAAUAAAGUCCAUGGAUAUAGAUCCCCAGGGACGAUGAGGAAUCGGAAGAGGCUGAAGCAAGCCAACAGGGGAUGAGCGAGGAGUCUUAUGUCUGGCACAUACAUCACAAGAGGACACAUACUUCUUAACAUCCUCAUAAUAUUUAGGCCACCAAAAGGAUCGGGUAAGUAGUUCUUGUGUCUUUCGGAUUCCUGGAUGACCUGCUGGUUUAGAGUCAUGGUAGAGGCGUAAAACGUCCAGUCGCACUGAUUCUGGAACAAACAGACGUUGUUGAAAAAUCCAAAACCCAUUAAGCAUGGUCAUAUGAAGAUCAUGAGGAGGAUCACGAAAAACUGGAUCUUUAGAGUAGCCCUUUUUAAUGCGAGACAUUAGAUCAGAAGGAAAGGUAACUCCUAAAAAUCUGCUCUCCGGCAAGAUGGUGGCCUUGGUUACUGUAGUAUGGAGGGGGUCAGCUAUCCUAGACAAGGCAUCCGCCUUGCCAUUUCUGGAACCAGGGCGGUAUGAAAUAAAAAAAUUAAACCUUGAGAAAAAUAGGGACCAGCGUGCUUGUCUGGCUGACAGUCUCUUAGCGGAUUGGAUACAUUCCAGAUUUUUGUGAUCUGUGAGGACAGUAAUUGGAUGGGUGGCUCCCUCCAAGAGAUGUCUCCAUUCGGUGAAGGCAGCUUUUAUAGCCAAAAGUUCUUUAUUCCCUAUGUCAUAAUUUCUUUCUGCUGGUAACAUCUGGCGGGAAUAGAAGGCACAUGGAUGUAACAACAUCUUAGGUCCAGUCCUUUGAGACAGUAUAGCCCCAACAGCUGAAUCAGAAGCAUCUACCUCUACAGUAAAUGGCAAUUCUGGCUGAGGAUGUACCAAGAUAGGGGCAGAUGUAAACAGAGUCUUUAAUCUGGAAAAUGCAGUGUCAGCCUUAUUGGACCACUGAAAAGGAGUCCCUUUACGUGUAAGUUCAGUGAUCGGUGUAAUAACGGCAGAGAAAUUCUUAAUGAAACGCCUGUAAAAAUUGGCAAACCCCACAAAUCUCUGUAUAUCUUUUUCAUUCUUGGGGAUGGGCCAGUCCAGCACAGCUUUAAUUUUACUUGCGUCCAUACUUAAACCUUUAGGAGUUAUUACAUACCCCAGGAACUGAAUUUCUGUUUGUUCAAACUCACAUUUUUCCAGUUUAAUGUAUAGGUGGUGGGUACGAAGGCGCUCAAGAACAAUGCAGACCUGUUUUCUGUGAUUUUCAAGAUUAUCAGAAAAUAUCAGGAUAUCAUCCAAAUAUGCCACAACAAACUGAUCCAGGAGAUCCCGUAGUACAUCAUUGAUUAGAUGCUGAAAAGUUGCAGGGGCAUUACAAAGCCCAAAUGGCAUUACUAGAUAUUCGUAAUGUCCGUACCUGGUUCUGAAAGCUGUUUUCCAUUCAUCAUUUGGUCUUAUGCGAACCAGAUUAUAUGCCCCCCGUAGAUCAAGCUUCGUAAAUAUUUUAGCUGAACGAAGUCUCUCCAGAAGUUCAGGAAUGAGAGGCAAGGGAUAACGGUUUUUAACAGUGAUUUUAUUAAUGUCCCUGUAAUCGACACAUGGCCGUAGACUGCCAUCUUUCUUUUCUACAAAGAAUAUAGGAGCUCCUGCUGGAGAAGUGGAUGGUCGAAUAAAGCCUUUGGCAAGAUUUUCUUGUAUGUAUUCACGAAGUGCUUUCAAUUCAGGCUCAGAAAGGGAGUAUAUACGGCCAAAUGGGAUAGCAGCUCCAGGUAGCAGCUCUAUGGGGCAAUCAUAAGGCCUGUGAGGUGGAAGCUGAUCAGCAUUCUUCUUAUCACAGACAUCUGCAAAAUCCCGAUAUUGUAGCGGAAGCUUAGUUAAGUUUGUAGCAACCAUUUCAUUAAUUGUUGUGGUAACAGGUGUCGCCUUAGAGGGUUGACAAUUCAUUAAGCAGUGUUCUGAAGGAAAGGACAAAGUUCUAGUCUUCCAAUCAAUCUGUGGGUUAUGCAGAGCAAGCCAGGGUAUACCCAAAAUCACUGGAAACUGUGUUGAGGAAAUUAGGUGGAAAGAUAUAGACUCAUGGUGAUUCACUUCCAGAAUCAAUUUUAAGGGCACAGUCUCAUGUGUAACCGGGCCUGACGUAAGUGGAGAACCGUCUACUGUUUCCAUUAACACAGGUGAAGAUUUAGGGAUAGACUGAAUUUUAUUUCCUGCUGCAAAUGUAAUGUCCAUAAAGUUUCCGCCUGCUCCGGAAUCUAUCAUAGCUGUAGUUGAAAUUUUAUUAUCACCAUAUUGCAAAGUGAUAGGCACCACCAAAUGAGGAUGUUGAGUCAUCAUACCUUCUUCACCCUGAGCCAGAGAAAACAAGGGUUGUGUGACAGAAUCCAGUUGGUCUGAAAUCUGGGAUUGGUGUUGAAUCUGUGCACCCUCAGCAGUCAUAGCUAUUGUUCUUUUAGACUUGUUAGGGCAAUUGAUGGCAUAAUGCCCUGCACUACCACAAUACAGGCAUAGGUUGUGAGUGCGUCGCCACUGUUUUUCUUCAUUGGAUAAUGGCCCUCUUAUUAGAUCUACCUGCAUAGCCUCAGGUUCAGAGUCUGUAGGUGUUUGUGGGGUCGGAGUAGAAAUUCUUGAAUAGAAAGUAGGAGUAGCACUUGGUUUAAAAGAGCCCUGUCUUUCCAAUCUUCUUUCUGAAAGCCUCCGAUCAAUACGGAUAGCCAGCCGCACAAAUGCAUCAAACUCAACAGGAAGAUCAACACGAGCUAACUCAUCUUUUAUAGCUUCUGAGAGACCCCUUCUGAAGUGGAACCUCUGGGCUGAUUGGUUCCAAGUAGUAUCAGUAACCCACUGUCUGAAUUCAGAAGCAUAUUCAGCCACAGAGCGCCUCCCUUGAUGUAAAUGAAGGAGAGUGGCUUCUGCUGUAGCACAGCGAUUGGGAUCAUCAAAAACUAGGCACAUGGCCUCAAGAAAGUCUUUUAAAUUUCCCAAGACUGGACUGUCCUGUUCCAGAAAAGGGGAGCCCCAGGCCAGGGCUUCAUCUUUGAAGAGGGAAAAAAUAAAUCCCACCUUCUCUCUUUCAGAUGGAAAACGGUUAGGUAACAUCAUGAAAUGCAAACGGCAUUGAUUUAGGAAACCCCUGAAUUUUUUGCGGUCUCCUCCAAAUUUUUCUGGUAGAGGCAAGCGGGCAUCUUGUGCAGGUGUAACAGUAGUAGUAGCAGCAGCCGCAACAUCAUGUGCCCUGUAGCUGGUAAGCUCACUAUGCAUUGAUCGAACUUCAUUUUGCAGUUCAGCUACCUGAUCCUGCAGCACUUGAAUGGUCUGUGCCUGGGUCUGCAUAGUUCUUGCAUUAAAAGCAACCUGCUGGGCCAAUGCAGAAUCUGAUCCGACGGUCUCCAUGAAUGGGCCAGAUUAUUCUGUAAUGAUAUUGAUGUUACAAAGUUUUGGAGUCCAGUAGCCAGAUCAGCAAUGUUUUCUGCCAGAGGUAGCCACUCGUUACCCAGGUGGUUGAGCCCCUGAGCCUUGAGUGGCCUUCUGGUCUUAAGCAGAGAUGGGAGACUGGAACAGAAAGAUGAUAAUCGUAGUGAGGCAAGCCGAGGUCAGUGGGAAGGAGAAGCAGCAAAGUCAAAACAGUCCAAAUUCAGCAACAGGAAGGAGAAACAGGAACACGCUUGAUUAGAGAGUACAGGAACCACAAUAAUCUGGCAAAGGUACAGAGACAGGAAGUGGCUUUUAUAGGCCAAGAACCAGACACCUGACCAGACACAGCUGAAGAGAGUUGUCACUGAUAACCUUGACUCUACAAGCAAUGGUAUCAGAUCUCAGGUAAAUUUGCAAAAGGCAGGCUGGUGUACUGGUAAGGAAGAGGUUUAGCACCAUGUAAACCAGGGUUCGAAACCCAGCAGAGUCAGUUCCUCACAGCCGAGUGUAGGUGGGUAAUGGCAUGUGUCAAUGGGUCAUGCUCGUCACAGGUUUUCAAAUGUAGUCAUCGGUUUGUGAAGGUUUGGUUUUUGGGGCAUUUGGUUUAUGAAUCUUUUUAGUUGUUCAUAUUGGAAAUUCUGCAUGAUUGUACCAGUUGAGUCCCCUAGAAUAUCGUAUGUGCCAUCACUCACCAUGUGUCUGAUUUGUGGGUUGGCUGAUGUGAGGAAACCUAUGAGAGUCCUCGUCUCCAAUCCCAGACAAAAGUCUGAAUUGCAGUUUAAGGGAUAGAGGGCAAAUGGGAAAGAGGACAACGCUGUCUUGGGAGCCAGUGUGUGCCAGAUGUGUAGGGUAGAACGGAUUAAGUGCAGCUGAACCACCGGUGUCCUACUAGCAGUAGGGUCCAUCAACAGCAAAGCUCUAAGUAACCCAUUCAUCUGGGUUUGUUUUAUGCUUUUCCAAAGUUUAUGUACACCUUCCUUAGCCUACUCCACCACCUGCUGCAAGUGGGUAAAGCGAUAGUAUUGUAGGCAGUCAGGUACAGCUAGUCCACCUUCCUUUAUAGGCAUCAUAAGAUCCUGAAACUUCAAUCUUGGUUUCCUCAAACCCCAUAUGUAUUUAAACAGUAAGGAUCUGAAAGACUUAAAGUAUGCUGUGGGAAAUUGUAUGGUGAGUGUCUGGAAAAGAUAAAGGAAGUGCAGUAACAGAUUCAACUUGGUUACAGAAAUACGGCCUAGCCAGGAUAUAUAUAUAUAUAUAUACAUAUACAUAUACACAGUAAGUCCUCCUUUUUCCGAGAGGAGGUCAACAUAAGUAAAACGUUAGCCUGAUACAGUUGGGAAAGGUCUCUGGUGAUCUUCACCCCCAGGUAUCUCACUUUCCCGUUUGACCAUGAUGAUAGAUUCCCUUUAUUUUUGCAUCUCAGUAAGAAUAACACUGUUGGUUUUAUAUGUGAGCUUGACUUAUUUUCAAUUAUGAUUUUACUGUAUUGGUAUGAUUGUAUACCACACUUAUUUUCCUCAUAUUUUGACCCCUUUAAUUUGGGGUUGUAGCCCAUAAAUUACCUUAUGCUUUAUGGGAUGGCCAUUUCUUUCCUCAGACAAUGUCUUUUCAACAGUAUGUAAGUGUAGUUUUAACUCGGUGCACUCUGUUGCUGAUGAGCGCCUUAUAAGUCCCUCCAAGCUAGUACUAUCUUCUUUGACAUUAGAUGCAUUACAAAGUUUUAAUAUGUGUGAUAGGUAGGCAUUGCCCUAGAUUAACCCAUACUAAGAUUUACUAUUUGACAUGAUUUAACAGCUGGUAAUGCAGUGGGAAGUACAUGGAUGCUAAUGCAUUUAUCCACCUUGAAGAUUUAUGGUAAUACCAUUUAUCCAUUGUGAAUAUAUUAAUGGUGAAUCUGCCUAACCACCCAGCAUGCAGGUAGGGAGACUAAAUAUGAGCUAAUUUUGAACUUUAGAAACCAGGCUAUUUUGGGGAAGUGUAUAACUGGAAGAAUUUAGUUUUCCAAUCUGAUAGUGUUACCACAUUUAAUAUUUUGUUCCAUAAUUCAAUGUUAAUUCUAAGUUUUAUAAUAUAUAAAAUAUAUAUAUUAGCUAUCCAACAUAAGAAGCUGUGAUAUACAUAUUAACAAAAUGAAACUAUAAAUACAUUUAUUGAAAACAUGGGAUAAAUAAGGAAAGGGGAUGAAUAACAAAUACUACAAGAGAAAGAGAAAGUCAUGAUUCUACGCAUACCAAAUAUAAAUGCAAGACAAAUUUAAAAGUGGUUCCAAGGGCAUUGGGUAUCAUUUUUGGAAAAUACAAUGAAUGUCUGAAAAACAGAAAUUCUGUCAAGCAGAGCCAGCUGAUCAUUUCAAACUUUAGUGGUGAAAAGUCUGCUUCCUACUAAACAUACCUUAUAUCCUUCCAUAAGAUCUGUCAAACUGCACCAGUUCCUUGGAUUCCAAUCCUAAUGUUCUCAUCUUAUGGUCUCUUAUAUGAGAGAUGGUUUCUAUCUACUGGUGGAAGGUUGUCUAAAGGGUUCUAUCUAUUUAGUACAACUUUAUUUAACUUGGGUUUCUCUUGAAAAUUGCAUCUAAGUUGGAUCCAAACAGUAGCAUAAUACCUACCUCAUUACGUCAACAGUUAAAUAUUGAUUUAUGUACAGUGUCAUUCUUUGCAUUUUAUUUCUUAUUGUAUUCACUGUGUUGUACCUUUUGAUUCGAACUUUCAGUUCCAAGCAUUUUUUUUUUUACAUUCUUUAUUUAGACUUGAGCAGUAGACAGUGCCUUGUACAAUGACAGCAAAUAUAGCAAUAGUUUGACAACAGUGGUGACAUCACAUGCAGUAUUAAUAACAGAGGUCUUAGUGGUUACAGUGCAGACAAAAGUUCAGGAUGAGAAGAACAUAUGUAGUACAUUGCAGUAAGUAAAUACCAGUUUAGUACCCAUACAACUAAGACCUUUACACAAUAGGUGCGAACGUGGAUCUCUAGGCCCAUCUGUGGUGUACCUAAUGGAUAUCAUAAUCACCCGGUGGCUAUCAACUGUCUGUGGGGAUCGUAUGUCGUCUAUAUGGCCGUCUCUCCUCGGCUCCCACGAUUGGGUCAGUCCAGCACCGGAGAACCUUGAAUCGGGUAUCACCCGGCGCAGCGCAGUCCCCCAGAUACGAAUAUUGCUUUAAGCUGUUGGUACAAUCUGGUAGUCGGGCAAUAAACCCAGAAUCUGGGCUCCGGACUCAGGAGCCCUCGGCAUGUGCGUCUAGUCUACUUGGGAGUCAGGCUCCGCCCCCAGUACAAGCAUUCUUAACAUUAACAUAAUUAACAUUAACAUAACAUUAAUGUAGGGUAAUAACUGCUUGAUCCAAGGAUAAAUCUGACUGCCAUUCUGGAGUCAAGAAGGAAUUUUUUUCCUAGUUUGUUGCAAAAUUGUGCUUCAAACUGGGUUUUUUUGCCUUCUUUUGGAUCAACAGCAAAAAACAAAUGUGAGGUAGGCUGAACUUGAUGGACGCAAGUCUCUUUACAGCUAUGUAACUAUGAAACUAUGAAACAUUACUUAUUUGUUUUUUGUUAUUUGUUUUUCACAAAUAUGUUUUUGUGAGGUCUGGGAAAAAUAAAAUUAUAUAUAAAAUUCCACACAACCGUAUUUAUCUAUAUCCUCAAACGGGGUUCCUCCAUAUUGGCUUUUUGUCCGUCUUUGCUAUAAGCUCUGUUAGCAUAAAAAAGGGAUGCGAAAUUGACUACAUGCCUCUAUGUGCAUGUACUAAACUGGCUUGUGAAGAUAAAUAAUAAGUCUUUCAUAAAUAUUUAAAAGAAAAUGAAGCAUCACAUGAAAAAAUGGUUAAAACAUGUUAUAUGUCUUAUUCAAUAGUGAAAUUUACGGAGAUGCAACGGUUUCCCUUUAAUUUCUUACACCAUGCUAUAUCUUUACCCAAUCUACAGAACUGUUAAUAUUUAACAUUCUUUUUUUUCAGACAAGUCUCCAGGAACUAAUGCAAAAAUACCAGAAAGAAACUGAAGACGUGAAACUGAAAGAUCUGCAUGAAUAUGAGUCUAAUGUACGUAACACAAUAACAGGUUAAACAAUGUGCUGCAUUUUUAUUGCUUAGGGUUUUUUCACCUUUCUUUAAAGUAAAACACAAACAUUAGAAAUAAAGCAAUGUUUCUUUUACAGUUUAGAUGACUUGCGUUCCCCUUUCAGUCACCAAAUACAUGGUUUUACUUCUAAUGCAUUUGCAAGAGGGUCCCUCUAGUUUUAACCCUGCAGCUGAAAACAUAGCAGUUUCAGAGAAAUUGCUAUGUUUCACUGAGGGUUAAUCCAGCCUCUAGUGGCUGUCUCACUGACAGCCGCUAGAGGCGCUUCAGCAAUUCUUACUGUGAAAAUCACAGUGAGAAGACGCUGGACGUCCAUAGGAAAGCAUUGAGAAAUGCUUUCAUAUGGGCUGUUUGAAUGCGCUCGUGGCUCUUGCCACGCAUGCGCAUUCGGAUCUGACGUCGGCAGGGGGUGGAGAGUUCCCCAGCACAGAGGGAGCCCGGCGCUGGAGAAAGGUAAGUGGCUGAAUGGGUUUUAACCUAUUCAGCCCAGCGGGAGGGGGGCCCUGAGGGUGGGGGGGACCUAAUGACCCUGUAGUGAGAGGAAAAGAAGUUUGUUUUCCUGGCACUAUAGUGCUCCUUUAAAGUGUAUUCUGGAUGAUUUAGUGAAGAGAGAGAAUUACAGUUUGGGUCAUUGGGGCACAGUGAUGGGGUCAAUAAUGAAUUGAGAUAGAGCUUACAGUAAGGAGAGUUGAAAUUGAUCUGCAGAUAUUAAAGGAGCACUAUAGCGUCAGGGAUACAAACAUAUAUUCCUAAUGCCAUAGUGACGUGAUCAAUGUUUAGGUGUCCUUAGCUGAAGUAAAACAAAAAGAGUGUCUACUUACCUAUUCUUCCUUGCCACAGUGAUCUCUGCACGGCUGGCCAAGUGUCAUUGGAGGUCUUCAAUCUUUGAUUUUGAGGCUAUUAUGCAUGUAUGGCAAAACAUCACUCACACCAAUCAAAUGGUCUCUAUGAGUCCAUCUUAAUGAAAUAGCUGAGUUUCAUUUGGCUAUUUUGGCUGGUGUCUCUGGUGGCUGUAAAUGUGACAACUACCAAAGGUAUUUAAAUCUGCAGAAUGGCAGUGUUUUCAGUUACAGUGUUAAAAUGACUGGGGCAUGAUAUGUCCCUAUAAUUAUGUCCCUUUAAUGGAAUUUGGAAUUAAUCAAGGACAAAAUGGUGAAAAUGAUUAAAGAAGGGGGGGAGAGCUGCUGAAAUGAAAAUGUUGCUGCAUGAUAGGAUGAGGGCUUAAGUAUGUAAAAUGUUUUAUUGUAUGUGAGUGCAUUGCAAGUACUUAUUUGUGAAAACGUGUGUAACUAUAAAAAUGCAUUGUUGUAUGCCAUGUCAUCAUGUCGCUUCAUGGGUGUGCCAGACCAUCAGGCUUGUUCCCAUCAUAUUCACAAUCAUGUCUGGCUUCAUUAUUAAACCUAGAAGGCAAUUAAACUGGUUAGACUGGCUUUAAUGCUAAUAUCAGCAAAUAAGUAGAAGAUUUUUUUUUUUUAUUAUUCAUUUCCUUCAACGUCUUGUAAUUUAAUAAUUUAGCUAGCACUUUGUAUGCAUAGGAUAGUACUACCAAUCCACAGGGAGUUUUCAAAGUCGACAGUGAAGAGGAAAGGAUGUGGAAUUGUAUGAUAAUGCACAAAAAAUUAUAUACUAAUUAAAUGUAUAUGCUAAAACUAAAAAAAAUACUAAAAUAAAUAAAUAUAUAUAUAAAAGAAAAAUCUCUUGCACUCACGCUGUAAAUGUCCCUUGUUUGCCAGGUGUUAAGCCAGGGCUUGGUUAUCCAAAUAUCCAAAGAGGUAGCAGCACUCACGGAGUUUAAAAGUUCCAAUCUUUACUUGUUCAUAUUAAAAAUCACGAUCAAUGUUUCAGUCCUCUCUAUGGGACUUUCUUCAGGAUCAAUACCAUUAUUGAUCCUGAAGAAAGUCCCAUAGAGAGGACUGAAACGUCGAUCGUGAUUUUUAAUAUGAACAAAUAAAGAUUGGAACUUUUAAACUCCGUGAGUGCUGCUACCGCUUUGAAUAUAUAUAUAUAUAUAUAUAUAUAUAUAUAUGAAAAUUUAUCCAUACUUACCGUAAUUUUCCUUUCCUGGUCAUAGGCCAUGGCAGCACAACAAUGGGUUAGCUCCUCCCUAUCCCUAAUUAGACAAGAACAGAAUUAAAAUCAGGGGUAUAAAUACCCCCUCCCACCAAUGGUCCCUUAGUCUUGUUAACAGCAAUAUCCCAGGGCGGGAUCUAAGUGCUGCCAUGGCCUAUGACCAGGAAAGGAAAAUUACGGUAAGUAUGGAUAAAUUUUCAUCUUUCCUGGCCAUAUCCAUGGCAGCACAACAAUGGGUAAUACCCAAGCAAUAACCAAGGGAGGGAAUAAAGAAACACAAACUCAAGAACAUUUUAAAUGCUGGUGUAUUAGAAAUCACACGUGCAAUAGAAAUCAAUCAAGAAGAGUUGACUGCGGAUAAGACUGAUUUGCCAAAAGAGUCUGAUUGGCUGGCUUUAACGUCAAUCUGGUAAUGCUUAAUAAACGUGUUUGGAGAAGACCAAGUGGCUGCUUUGCAAAUCAGCUCGGAUGACAAAUUAGCAGCUGCUGCCCAAGAUGAGGAAAGGGACCUCGUGGAGUGAGCCUUGAGCCCCUCAGGAACCUUCAUCUUUGAGGCUUGGUAAGCCUGAACGAUGGCGGCAACAAUCCAUCUACUGAUGGCCAUCUUAGAAGCUUGAAGGCCUCUUCUGGGGCCGUUGGGGAUAACGAAUAGCCUUUGAGAGAUCUGCCAGGCUGAAGAUCUUUGUAGAUACAUAAACAGACAUCGAACAAGAUCCAAUGGAGAAGGCCGAGAUUCAUCAUCCUCAGUAGAAGACUCUGUAUGAAGAGCCGGGAGUACUAUUUCUUCGUUAAUGUGAAAAGCUGACACCACUUUAGGACGAAAUUCUGUAACAGUUCGUAAAAUAACUCUGUCCUUAUGAAAAACUGUAAAGGGCUCUUUUGUAGAUAAGGCAUGGAGUUCAGACACUCGUCUACCUGAGGCUAAGGCCACCAAUAGAACCGUCUUAAUGGUGAGUAACUGAGGAGAGAUGGAUUCAAGAGGUUCAAAAGGAGAAUUGCUCAGAGCUUUUAACACCAAGGGAAGAUCCCAUGGUGGAGCGAAGGGCUUGAUAGGAGGCUUGAUUUUCAAAACUGCUGCCAUAAAUCUUAUCACGUCUGUGUUUAAGGCCCAUCUUUGGUCCGUAAGGGCCGAAAGAGCUGAAAUAUGUACCUUCAGGGUAUUGUAGCUUAGACCCUUAUCAAGACCGGAUUGUAGAAAUUCAAGGAUCUCCUUGGUGGAGAUAGACUGAAUAUCCCUGUGGUUGGAUGCAGCCCAGUAGGAAAAAAUGUCCCAGAUUCUGUAGUAAGUGGAAGAUGUAGAGCGUUUCCUUGCUUGCAGUAGAGUUUCAACGACAGAAUGGGAAAAUCCUUUGCAGUUCAACCUUUCCCUUUCAAUUUCCAUGCCAUCAGCUUGAGGGAGGCAGGGUCUGGAUGGAGGACAGGACCCUGAUGCAGAAGGGAAGGAAUAUUUGGAAGCUGCCAGGGGUCUGCACUGCAAAGGCUCAACAACAGAGGAAACCACGGCCUGCGAGGCCAAAAGGGAGCUAUGAGGAUGAUGGAUACCUUCUCCUGCCUCAAUCAUCUCAGAAGAGGAAAGAUGAGGGGCGUAGGAGGAAAUGCGUAUCCCAGGUGAAAUUCCCAAACGAUUGAAAGAGCAUCCCUUCCUGAUGCUUGGGGAUCGAUGUUUUUUGAAAAGAAGUGCUGCACCUUCCUGUUCUUGUGUGUUGCCAUAAGGUCGACUUGUGGUAUGCCCCAUACUUGAGAGAUGUCUUCGAACACCUUGUUUGACAGACUCCAUUCCCCUGGAUCUAAUUCCACUCUGCUCAGGUAAUCCGCUAUGGAAUUCUGGACUCCCAGAAGAUGGAUCGCCGAUAGGCCCGCUAGAUGCUUCUGGGAGAAGGACAUUAGGGGCUUCAUGAUGGACAUCAUUUUCCGACUCCUUGUUCCCCCUUGAUGGUUUAUGUAGGCAACUACAGUGGAAUUGUCUGAUCUGAUCUUGAUCCAUUUGAAGCGUAUGAGGGGAAGGAAAUUCUCUAGAGCUUUUAGAACUGCCAGAAGCUCCAAUUGGUUGGAGGGAGUCUCUGUUACUGGAAAGGACCAUUUCCCCUGGAUAAACUGAUCUUGCAGGUGGGCACCCCAUCCCCACUGGCUUGCGUCCGUGGUAAUAACUGUCCAUGCGAUGUUCCCCAAUGGAAACCCUCUGAACACGGAUUUCUUCUGUAACCACCAAAUCAGAGAUUGAUGGACCUGAGGGGGAAUCUUGAUAGCCUGAAGUGGACUUUUCGAUCUGAACUGAAGGAUGAAAUUCUUCUGAAAAAUCCUCAUCCUCCAUUGGGCCCAUCUUGUCAGCCCGAUGGUGGAGGACAUUGAUCCCAAUAGGCUCAUGCAUCUUUCUGCUGAGGUCACAUUGGAUGCCAACAUGUCUUUGACUUUGCUCCUCAACUUCGUACCUCUUUCUGGAGACAGUUGCACUGUGCCUGCUAGAGUGUUGAAUAUGGCCCCAAAAUAUUUCAUCUCCUGAACCGGCUGUAAUUGGCUCUUGUUCUCGUUUAUCUUCCAACCAUGACGGCGUAGAAAACGUAGACAAACCUGUCCAUGGGUCUGAAGGGUAUCUGUGUCUUCUGCCAAGAUGAGAAUGUCGUCUAAGUAAUGGAAAAUGGCUAUGCCCUUUUUCCUGAGCUCCGCAAUCAAAACAACCAAGACCUUGGAGAAUGUUCUUGGAGCUGUGCUGAGACCAAACGGCAGGGAUCGGAAUUGAAAAUGCCCUUGUUCCACCGCAAACCGAAGGAAUUUCUGAUGUUCUGGAGCGAUGGGGAUGUGGAAAUAAGUUUCUGCCAAGUCUAUAGAAAUCAUCCAUUGGUGUGGAAAGACGACCUUUAUGAUGGAUUGAAUAGAUUCCAUCUUGAACUUUCGGAUGAGGAGAUGCUGAUUUAGUCUGCUUAAGUCUAAGAUAGGUCUCCAACCACCUGAAGCCUUUCUGGUGAGAAACAGGUGAGAGUAAAACCCUUGACCUUGUUGUUGCUGAGGAACUGGAAUGAUGACAUUUCCUUCCUGGAGUGUCGAGAUGAAAUCUUUCAAGGCCUGUCUUUUUGCUGCGUCUCCUGGCCUUUUGGUUGUUUGAAAGGAGUAAGCUGGAAGGGGUCUGAAAAAUUCUAAACGAUAUCCCCUUCUUAUGAUAUCCAACACCCAUAUGUCUGUGGUGGAUACUUCCCAUACGUAACAGACGUGCCCCUACACCUACUGACUGGGGGGGGGACCAGUCAUAAAGAUCUGGGGUUCUUGUGGAAUGAGGUGCCUCUAGAUUUACCGCCUCUGGAUGACUGUCCACCUCUCCAAGGCUGGGAUCUUCCAUGCUCUCUUCCUGGCUUGUAAGAUCUGGCAUCUCGAAAGGAAAAAUAGUCUGGAUAUCUUUUGGAUCGAAAGGAACCUCUGGGUUUACGAUCCUGCGGGAGAAAAGCCCUUUUGCCUUCGGCUGCUCUUUUAAUACAUUCAUCCAAGUUUUUUCCAAACAACAUGUCGCCGUGGAAAGGUAAGGCACAUAAACUAGAUUUAGAAGAGGUAUCUGCUAUCCAGGACCUUAACCAUAAAGCCCUUCUGGCUGAAACGGAGAGGGCCAUAUUUCUGGCAAAGGCCUUAACCAGAUCCACCGAAGCGUCAGACGUAAAGUCUACUGCAAGUUUUAUAUCUUUUAGGCUUUCUAGAAGACUGGAUCUGCUCCUGCCUCUUUGGAUGUCUGCCUCUAGAUUUUCCAUCCAGAUUUUUUUUUUUGAUUCAAUUUGCUUUUAUUGACAUCAUAACGAUUGGCAAUACAAAGUUAUAUGCAUCAAUACAGAAGGUGGCAAAAAUAGUGUACAUGUCAGUUAUUGUUCAUUUGGUAUAAAGGUAUCGUUAGUAUUUAUGUGAAGAGAGCAAUUUUACAAAGUAAUAGCGAGCAUCUGAUUCCAUUCCUACAUUGCAACAUCUUUCAGCAUUGACAGUUUUCAAGAAGGAACUAGUCUUAGAAAAAUAGAAAGAGAAUAUUUUCGCCAUUCUCACAAGUUUUAGACAUGAAAGCUAUAGAGAACACUCAGAUUCAGUCAUUUUAUUAAUUGGUAUGUUUGUGUUGGGAAGCAGAUAAACUGCGAUAAGGCAGAAACUUUAGUGCUCCUGCUGUGACCUUGUCUAGCCCUGCUUCCUGAGAGCGUCUCUACUGAUCCAUUGGGGUGGGGGGUAGGGAGUGGUUGUCGAGUAGUGGGGCGUUUGGGGGUCGAGGGUCCGUCAGGUAGUUUUUGUCCUGUGUGCGCGUUUGUUGUGGGUAUCCCCUUUGCGCUAGUCGCUGUUCUUUGAUGUGUGUGGGCAGUGGUUGUGCGUGUGUCAUGCGUCGGGGUGUAGUCUUGUUGGGGUGUCCCUUCUGUGUUUGGUGUCCUUCUGUGUCUGUUUGGGGAUCCUAUUAGUGUCGGGGGUGUAUUGGUCGAGCGGGUGCUGUCCCGGGUUGUGAGGGUUAGGUGGGUUCUGGUAUCGUGGUGUAGUGCACUUGGGUAUUGGGCGUUUGGACAGUCUUGUUGGGUUGGUUCAUCCCUUGUCCGAUAUGUGUUGGUCAUGGUGGGUCUUUGUGGGUGCUGUGGUGUAUAGUCUGUCCUGUAAGGGAGGUGGCGUUUCUGCGAGUGUAGGUGGCAUUCUCAAGGCAGCUUGUCGGCAGUUGGUCAUGUAUUUUAACGUGUGUUGUGGGGGGCGGGUGGGAUGGGAAUGUAGGUUAAUGGGGUGAGGGCAUUGCGGGUGAGGGUAAGGUGCGGGAGGGUAGGGGGUGGGGUGUCAGGUCCCGGGUCCCCACCUCAACCCCCCCCGCCUCCGGGGCAAGGGGCAUCUCCGGCUCUGAGUGGUCGUCUUGGUUUGGUUGGGUCGGUGGUUCAGCUUCCGUAUUGUCGUCCGUCGGUUCCGUCAGGACCGUCCCAUCUGCCUCUGCUGUCAGGUGUUGUGUGGUCCCCGUAAUUGGUGCGGUGGAGGCGAGCCAUUGGAGCCAGUGGUACCAUGCAUCAUGGUAACGCUGUAUGCGUCCCGUUGCGGAGUGGAUGAGUUCCUCGAUGCGUCUGAUGUCUUCCACUCUCGUUAUCCAUUCUCUGAUAGUCGGGGCCAUGUGUUGUUUCCAGUGUCUCGGGAUGAGGCUGCGGGCUGCGUUUAUUAGGUGUGGGAGUGCUGUUUUUUUAAAUCUGUUGAUGGGGGUCUGUGUAAGUUGGAGCAGGUAUGUGUCUGGUGAGAGGGGUAGGUUUGCUUCUGUUAUGGUUGUGAGUAUCUUGUGGAUCUCUGCCCAAAAGGGCUGGAUAAGGGGGCAGGACCACCAUAUGUGGAAGAGGGAUCCCAGUUCUCUCCCGCAUCUCCAGCAUUCCGGGUCAUUUGUGGUUUUCAUCAUGCUAAGUUUUUCCUGUGUCCUGUACCAGUGGGAGAGCAUUUUAUAUCCUGUUUCUUGGAAUUUGGUGGAGAUGGAGGCUUUAUGUGUGAGUGUAAACACCGUUGUCCAUUGUUCCGUUGAAAUUGAGUGUCCUAGAUCCCUUUCCCAGUAUUUUGUGAAGUAAGGGAGGGGUGCGUUAGUGGUGGUGGUGGUUUGCAUGCGAUAUAGUAGCGAUAUUGCGUGUGGGGGGGGGUUCAUGCAUAUGGUCUCGAAUACGGAGAGUGUUCGCGUUGCCGAAUUUAGGGUCGGUAUGCUUCUCAGAAACCUCGUCAGUUGGUGAUAUCUAAAGCGUAGGAGCAUAUUGUGUGGGGUAUUCGGGACCAGGGUGGUCAGGGGCGUGAUUGUGCCUUGGUCAUAGACGUCCUUCACUCUGCAGGGGGUCGGCAGGCCCAGGGCAGCCGUGUAGUGGGGGUCCGAUGCAGGGGCAAAUUUCGGGUUGUGAGAUAUGGGGCAUAAUGGUGAGAGCUCUGGGGCUACGUCUGUGUGAGUCGCCAGUCUCCUCCAAACUGCCAUUGUAGCGUUUAGGGUUGGGUGGUUCCGUGGCAGUUCCCCGGCCAUGGAUUUCGGCAGCCAGGGUAGAAGUGUCAGGGGUAUCCGUGAGAAGCUGGCCUCUAUGGGGAUCCAUAGCUUGUCUUUCGGGUCUUGUGUCCAUUCUAUCACUCGCUGGAGGUGUAUAGCAACUCCUAGAGACCAGAGCGAAACUCAACUCCUGCCUCACGUCCAAAAUACGAUUCCAGUUCCAACUCACACAAAAAACGUUCUAUGAAUACGGAAACAAAAGUGGUAAACUGCUCACUAGGGCGCUGAGAGCCCGGAGACAGAAAACCCAUGUUCAAAAGAUCUCCCUGGCAGGAAACACACUGCGGACUCCGAAGGCUAUAGCAGAGGGCUUCAGACAAUACUACUCCUCCCUAUACUGCCUACCUCCCAACACCACACGCACACACGAAGGAGAAGAGGCUCACACAGCACAGCAAAAAACAUAUAUCGAACAGAAUAUCACUACAACGCUGACACCCCAAGAUAUAGCUACACUAGAAGAAGAUAUCACUGAAGCGGAGAUACGCCUAGCCAUCAAACUGGCCAAACUGGGGAAAAGCCCCGGACCAGAUGGAUACACGGCAAAGUACUACAAAAUGUUCGCAGACAACCUUGUCCCACACCUACUUACACUAUUCAACUCAAUACAUAACGGAGACCCCUUAGACCCCAACAUGCUCCUAGCACACGUCGUGGUACUCCCGAAAGAAGGAAAAGACCCCUCCUCAUGUACCAGUUACAGGCCGAUCUCCCUGUUGAACGCCGACCUCAAACUGUUUGCCGAAAUACUGUCCCUGCGCCUCCAGCCCCUGAUGCCGAGCCUUAUCCACCCUGAUCAGGUGGGCUUUGUGGAGGUCCGGGAGGCCAGGGACAACACUAUCAAGACACUCAAUCUUCUCCACGCGGCCCGAGAAGGACACUCCCCCGCCCUGAUAGUCUCGACCGACGCGGAGAAGGCGUUCGACAGGGUCGACUGGUCUUUCCUGAGGUCCACCCUGGAACACCUGGGACUGGGACCCCACAUGAUGACGCGCAUUUGGGCCCUAUACACUGCUCCAGCAGCCCGGGUGCAGGUUAAUGGGAUUCUCUCCGACCCAUUUGAGAUCAGAAACGGCACUAGACAAGGGUGUCCCCUAUCGCCCCUACUCUUUGCCAUCAGCUUAGAACCAUUCCUCAAUGCAGUUCGAGCCCAACCCCGCAUAACUGGAAUCGAGGGUAGCUCGGGAGCCACCAAGGUCUCUGCAUACGCGGACGACCUCCUCUUCACAAUCACCAACCCGGCAACCUCACUUAGGGAGCUCACGCACCAAUUUGACCUAUACGGCACCCUCUCCAACUUAAAAAUUAACUUUACGAAAUCUGAAAUUCUCAACGUAAACUGCCCCCUAGCACUGACAACUACACUGCAAACAGAGUUCCCUUUUCACUGGUGCAAAGAAAGGAUUAAAUACUUAGGGAUCUGGCUGUCGGCUGAUGUGUCGGACACCUACCGCAUCAACUUCCCACCCCUCCUCGACCGCAUACAGAAGGACCUCGACUCGUGGCAACUCCCGCACAUAACGUGGCUGGGUAGGAUCAGUGUCCUCAAAAUGAAUAUCCUCCCCCGAAUCUUGUAUCUCCUACAAACCCUACCAAUCCACAUUCCCAAAACCUUCCUAACACAAACCCGUAAAACACUGAUGGCCUACGUCUGGGCCCGCAAAACGCAGAGGCUGAAUUUCGCCACCCUCACCAGACCCAAACUACAGGGAGGCCUGGGACUACCCGAUAUCACAAAAUAUAGACAUUCCAUCCAGAUUUUUAAAGCUCUGGAGACUGAGGUGAGAGCGACUGCUGGAUGGAGGCCUGUGCCUGCAGCCACGUAAGCUUUGGUGAGGUUCAGAUCCAUUUUUCUAUCCAUGGGAUCUCUGAAUGAACCUGCGUCGUCAACCGGUAGAGUAGUGUGUUUGGCCAGUCUUACUAUGGCCGCAUCUACCUUAGGAGCCGAAUCCCAACAGCUGGAGUCUUUUCUCUCAAAUGGAUAAAGACGAGCAACUCUGCCUUGAGAGGUCAGUUUCUUACGAGUAUUUGACCACUCGUCUUCAAUCAGUUCCUUGAUUGUCUCAUGAGCUGGAAACGUGGCUCUCUUUUUCUUCAGAUCAGCAAAAUAUCUACUGGAAGUAGAAGGUUGCUCCGAGGAAGUUUCCUUGAGACUCAAGGAUUUGCGCACUCUGGAUAUAAAAUGAUCAACUUGAGCAGGCUCCAUGAAUUCUGGGGCAUAAGAUUCUUCUUCAGAGGAGGAUAGCCCGUCCCUGUAGGAGUCUACGGACUCAUCUGAGGAUUCUUCCUGAGAAAACCCCAAGGGUUCAGUGAAUCUUGGUCUCUUGUGGGACUUCCCAGCUUCUCUGAUGCCCUGGGAGACCGCCUGUUUAAUAAACUCCAUCAUAUCUGGAGUAGGGGCAGUAGUGGAAGUGUCUGCGGCUGUAGAGAGGCAUUCUGCGCAGAGACGUUUGCCUUCCAGAGGUUUAUUGCUGCAGGCUUCGCAUCUCUUCUUCAUAGGCGACUUGCCUUUGGAAGUUCUGGAUGCUUUAAUUCCCGUAGAGCUGACAUAAUAGGGAAAUAUAAUUAACCCAAGCACUCUUUUGUUUGGUCUAGAUAGAGAGGGGAAAAAAUAAUGGCUUACCUAUAACCUUUGGAUUGUGACCUUUGUUUAUGAAUGGAAGCCUCAGAGUCUGAUGAGAAAGAUUUGUCCAUCUUCCCUGUCAUAGUAUAGGAAGGAAUUGAAAUAUUUAUACUCAAAAAAGCAUAAAAACUCAAUCUGUGAAAAAAGGGGAAUGUGCCUUUAAGAAAUAAACCCAUACCUGAGUAACAGAAACUGGAGGUUUGAAAAAUCGAACAAAACUGGAACAAAAGAUGCUGCAAGAGCUCCCCAGAGUCCAGGCAACCUGAAACAGGUAAGAAAAUUCAAAUUUGGCGCCUCUUUAAAGGUGGCGAGUGACGUCACCGAUGACGUCACCGCGAACCCGGAAGAACACUCCGCGCAUGUGCACAAAUACUCCGCGCAUGUGCGGAAGUGCGCAUGACGUGGCCCCUAAUCUGCGCAUGCGCGGAGGCGUCCCAGACGUAUCUACCGGUCCGCGCAUGCGCGGAAGAAGCUAUGGCGCGGCCGCUGGACCGCGCAUGUGCGGGGACCGGGAAUGACGCGCCCACAGUCCGCGCAGAGCACCAGGAGGACGCCGACAAGAUGGCGGAAGGGAAAAAAAAAAUACAAAAUCCUGUGGCACAUAGAAAAGAGGUGGAAGGGGGAAAACCUGACAGCCAUAAGUAAAAUAAUACACAAUAAAUGCAUUAAAACUUACUGUGCCUGCCAGGUAGAGGUAGGAAGAAUCUUCUGUAGAUGAGGUUCUUCUGCCACUUCCUGCUACCGCUUGGUUACUGCAGGGAAUGUUCCUUACUGGCAAUAUUUUGCUUGCUACCCCUAGGGUCACUGCAAGUGGCUCCCGGUCACUAAAGGAGCAUCUCCAGGGGGAUAUCCUUUGCGCAGGGCCACGUACUGGAGACUUCCCAAGGAAGAGAGGCUGAACUCCCUUGAGGCCGAAGGUAAAAACCCUCAGGUAAGCCAAAGAGAAAAAAGUAUGUUCACAGUCUACAAUGACUGGAGUCCUAUAGGGAUAGGACAGGAAAAAAAAGACUAAGGGACCAUUGGUGGGAGGGGGUAUUUAUACCCCUGAUUUUAAUUCUGUUCCUGUCUAAUUAGGGAUAGGGAGGAGCUAACCCAUUGUUGUGCUGCCAUGGAUAUGGCCAGGAAAUAUAUAUAUAUAUAUAUAUAUAUAUGUAUGUAUUAUACUAUUUGUGGCGGAACCAACCUCGCCACUGGGCAUUGGAGAAGACUGAUUGCCAGCCUUCUGCCCUGUGACUAUGGCCCCAUGUUGGAAUGCUUGAUUUUCCCCUGCAAAGACCCGAAAGCUGGGUCAUUCGGUACUUUCCCUAUUUGAACAGUGAUACCCCAGAUAGCUAUGCCAUGGAGCCCAUUUGUAUAACGAAAGACUUUGGCUCCAUGGCAAUUGAACUGUAUGUAUGUGAUCUGAGCACCAUUCAGUAAUAAUGUGCGCUCAGAUCUAAGCUAUCUGGGGAUACGUUGAAUGUACCUGUUUUAUGCAAUAGCUGCACAGUUAUAUAUAUUUAUGUAUUUUAUUGUCUUUUGCUACCAUGUGGCUAAUUGAGGUUUCCCUCUGUCCUUGGAGAUAAUUGGAUUACUUCCCAAUUAUCUCCAGGAUAGAAGACUCUGUGGAACCGGUUUUGGGUAGAAAAGCCAUGCUUCAUUUGGUCACAAAGGACUUCGAUCUAACUUUUGUCCCACUGGACCAAUUUGUAUGAUUUUGACGUAUGUUUGUAAUGUAAGUUUUAUGUGAAUGUGAUGCAUACUUUUAAAGUUAUGAAUAUUGUGUAAAACUGUGUAUUUUCCUGCCUGUGAUAAUUACAUUAACCUAUUGUGUAAGGUAAUUGUGUCACAGGCAGAGGGGAGGAUUUUGUGUGGGAGUAUCUGAGUGUAUUGUACGUGUUUAUUGGUUGUUUUACAAAACCCUGUGGGUGGUACUAAUGUGUAAGAAUGUGUAAAUAUGAACAAUAAACCCACAGCUCUGGCAGUUCUACUUCACCCUCAAUUUGGAGUGCCGUCUCUUAUUGGGGGAAUCUGCUACAAGGGAUUGCUAUGCUUGUCAUACUCCCUUGCUAAAUCACUGCUAAGCUCUUGUAAGAGCUUGUUCCUGUCUUGCUCUCUGGAGGGGUCUACGGUGGUUAUGGUGUCGGCUGGAGUCCUUGGAGUCCUCAUGAAGCGCUAGGAGCAUCCGUCAACGGAGGUACCCAGUCGGGGGGCCAGGUGAUCCGUUACAUAUAUUUAUAUUUUUAGUAUAUAAUAGUGUAUUUAUCAGCCACAACAUUAAAACCACUGACACGUGAUGUGAAUAACACUCAUUAUAUUGUUACAAUGGUACCUGGCAAGGGGUGGGAUAUAUUAGGCAGCAAGUGAUAUGUUGGAAGCAGGAAAAAUGGACAAGCAAAAAGAUCCAAGUGACUUUGAUACGGGCCAAAUAGUAAUGGCUAGGCGAUUGGGUCAGAGCAUCUUCAAAACGGCAAAUCUUGUGGGUUGUUCCUGGCGUGCAGUGAUUAGUACCUGCAAAAGUGUUGCAAGGAAGGACAACCAGUGGACUAGCAUUAUGGGUGCCCAAGGGUCACUGAUGCAUGUGGGGAGCACACAAUGCAUCACAGUUUGCUGCGAUGGGGCUAUUUAUCUGCAGACUGGUCAUGGUGCCCAUGAUGACCCUUGUCAGCCGCCAAAACUGCCUUCAAUGUGGACUUGAGCAUUAAACCUGGAUCAUGGAGCAGUUGAAGAAGGUUGCCUGGUCUGAUGAAUCAUGUUUUCUUUUAGAUCAGGUAGAUGGCUGUGUGCAUUGUUUACCUGGGGAACAGAUGGCAACAGGAUGCAUUAAGGGAAGAAGGCAGGUCGGCAGAGGUAGUAUGUUUUGGGCAAUGUUCUGCUGGGAAACCUUGAGUCUGGGCAUUCACGUGGAUGUUACUUUGACACGUACCACCUACCUAGAGAGCUGUUACAUGGCCAUUUGAAACAGGUAGCCUUCUGGAAGACUGACAUUUCAUUAUAUUUCUACGUACCCUGUUAAUUUUGUUGUAUGUUUUUAUAUUUAGUAAAUAUUAUUCAGUUUUAUUCUUUUCAAUGUAUACAUUUUCAUGUCUUUGUAACUAUAGCCUGUGCUAAUCAUGCAAAGUAUUUUAUCACCUUUGUCUUUGUCCAUCAUGUUAAAAGUUAGUUUAACCAGCUCAGGCCCAUAUAUCUUUCCUGUUCCUUGUUUAAUGGUUUUAUUUCCCUACUUAAAUACCUCUGUCUUAUCUCUGUAAUUCUCAAUCUUUGCUUUUGUUUUUCCUUAAAUGACCUUAAAUCAAAUGUCCAUCUAUGCACCCCCCCAUCUCUUAGCCCAUCUGACCCUAAUAUACAUCUCUCUCCCACAGUCUGAUUUUUAAACAUACCCAGUCCAGCAUAGAACUCAGAGCUCCAUCAGCUGUUCCAUGGCCAUUUGAAACAGGUAGCCUUCUGGAAGACUGACUUUUCCCUCCCACCCUACCCAUGGUCAUUUUCUCAUUUAUAGAUAGUCUCCCACACAACUUUCAAUCUAAUGAAAUGACUGGUGCAACCACUGAUCAGCACACCCUUUCAAUCUCUUAACCCUAUAGAACACAUACCCUCUCUCACUACAAAUAGAUAUAUCACACACCAAAACCAUAUACUUCUAUUUAAAAAAAUAAAAUAAAAAAUUCUCACAAUUUCUGUUUCAUUUUCAACUACACACCUCAUACCACUAACAUGAAUCCUAAUAUAACCAUACUGUUAUUCUUAAUAACCCUUUUCUCAAUCCAAUUUUGUUCACACCACUACCACCAUAAGCACACACCUCAAACUGGAACACAAAUUAUAAUACACCAUGGCCUGCUCUGUUCCUUUAACUUAUCUGCUGAGUGCUGGUGGAGAGUUAUAAAAAAUAGCCCUCCUACCCCAAACUCACAAAACUAUAAAUUAUCCCAUUCACUAUAUGGCCAAACAAAGAUGAUGUCCAAAUUCCUACUCCUUAUGUUACUUGCCCUUGCAAAUGAUGUGGAGUCUAACCCUGGUCCCCCAGCUAAUUCUAGUCCUAAUCUCCCCACUAAAAAAUGUGCACUGCAACAUCCGUAGUUUACUCCCUAAACUGGAUGCACUGCAAGCCUGGUGUUCCCAUUACAAACCAAAAAUCAUUGUGCUCUCAGAAUCAUGGUUAACGGCUAAAAUACCAGACACCGCCAUUGCAAUACAGGGUUAUUCAUGUUUUAGAAAUGACAGAGCAAAGAGAGGAGGAGGCAUUGUUAUUUAUGUUGACAAUUCCAUAAAGUUUACCCCUUUACAAAACCUUAGUCCUCCUGCCAUCUUUGAUUUCCUUUCUGGCACAAUUGAGAUCCCGUGCAGUAAAUCAAUCAUUGUUGCAGGAAUCUACCGCCCACCUAGCUCCCCUGUACAUUCCCUUUCUGACAUAGCCCAUCUCCUUAGUGAAACCAUAGCUCAAAACCCAAAAAGUGAACUGUUGGUCUUUGGAGAUUUUAAUAUUGAUUGGCUGAACCCUAAAAAUAAUAGUUCUUGCACGCUGUUUAAGACUUUGCAGCUAACGCAAUUAAUCUCCUCCCCAACUCGUAUAAACAUUAAAAGUCAUAGCCAUACCCUGCUAGAUUGGAUUCUCUCCACUUCUCCUGAUAGAAUCCAGGAGGUUGGUGUUCUCCCAAACACGUUCAGUGAUCACUGUUUAGUGUACUGCGUGCGCAAAAUAAAGGCUAUUAAAUCCUCUCCCAAGGUUAAAAUAACUAGGUCCUUCAAAAAAUUUAAUCUUGAAUCCUUUUUAAAUGACAUCAAAAAUCUCUCAUGGCACAGAUUAAACAUUAUCCCAGAUCUAGACUGUGCUGUUGAAUACUUUCAGUCUGAACUCCUACAAAUUUGGAAUUUGCAUGCCCCGCUGCGUAAGGUGAGGGUAAAAGGAGCACAUAUGAACUGGAUAACAGCUGACCUCAUCCAAAUGUACCAGUUUCGGGAUUCUUUGUGGUCAAAGUUUAAGCGUACUGGCUCUAUGAAUGAUCACGGUGCAUAUAGACAAUGAAAUAUAUGCACAAAACAGACAAAACUGGCCAAGGCCCAAUAUUUCUAUGAAAAUCUGAACAGUAACAUCUCAAACCCUAGAAACUUUUGGAAAGUCAUAAAUAAACUACAAACUCCCCCAAUUCACUCCCAACCCUCCACUGUCAAAGUGGGUAACCAAACCCUGCAACUUCCCUUAGAUGUAGCAAAUGCCUUUAACAAUUAUUUUGUCGGAUGCUCUACUGGCCUGAUUGCCCAGCUAAAAAAUGACACGCAUCCUGAAACUACAAAUGUGGAUCACGUCCCACUAAAUUUGCAAAGGCCCAAUAUAGAUAAGUUUAAUUUUAGACCUGUACCUGUUAGUGUCAUUAAAAAAAUCUUAAUAAUCUAAAAAUGAAAAACCAGUCCGGACCUGAUCAAAUCCCAGCAAUGCUGUUGAAGCUCAGUGCACCGGCAAUUGCUAAACCCAUCUCAACUCUAAUUAACGAAUCCUUGGUGUCUGGAUACAUACCCAAACUUUGGAAGACUGCGAGAGUAGUGCCUAUCCAUAAAAGUGGUGACACUACUUUGGUUUCUAACUAUCACCCAAUAUCAUUGCUCCCUGUAUUGUCAAAAAUCUUAGAAAAAUGUGUCCAUACACAACUUUGUGAGUACUACCAACAAUUAAACUAUCUGACCCCUGAUCAAUCAGGCUUUUGCCAGAAUCACUCCACUACAACUGCCCUCCUAAAAGUUUGCAAUGACAUCCAAACUGGCAUGGAACAAGGAGCCCUAACUGGAGCUAUUUUCCUUGAUUUUGCUAAGGCCUUUGACACAGUAGACCACGACAUUCUACUCCACAAACUCGAAAACUCAGGUAUUGGUGAUUGUUCUCUAAACUGGUUUCGAUCGUAUGUAUCGGAUCGCUCGCAAUAUGUGUCCAUUUCUGACAGUGACUCCCUCCCUCUCCCAGUCACGUGUGGUGUUCCCCAGGGUUCCAUUCUCGGCCCCCUACUAUUUACAUUAUUUAUAAAUGAUCUGCCUAAUGUCUGCCAAUCCUCAAAUGUACACAUGUACGCAGAUGACACGGUAAUCUAUGCGAGCAAAUCCAAUCUACCGCAACUUGAGGCUUUGCUCCAAGACCAGUUUGCAGAGGUAGAAAAGUGGAUCGCAAAAAACAAACUCUUCCUGAACACUGACAAAACUGUCACAAUGAUCUUUGGAACAGUACCUAAAUUACACAAGUUACACAAUUCCCACCUAUCCAUCAAAACAAAUUCAAAUGGCACACUGACCGCAGUCCACUCUUUCAAAUACUUGGGUAUGAUAUUAGACCCCAAUCUAUCUUUUGGCCUGCACAUAGAAAAGCUUGCAUCUAAACUUUAUCCAAAAUUAGGUGCCCUGUACAGAAACAAAGCCUGCCUAAGCCCUACAGUAAAGGAAAAGAUUGUACAGCAAAUGCUGAUGCCAAUCAUUGAUUAUGGGGAUGUAGUAUAUGCGUCUGCAUCGCAAUCCCACAUUAAUAAACUCAACACAUUGUAUAACUCGUUCUGCCGAUUUGUGCUACAAUGUAAUUACAGGACCCAUCAUUGUGACAUGCUAAAGGAACUAAACUGGCUAUCGCUGGAAUCCAGACGCACCCUUCAUCUUUCCAGCCUUGUGUUUAAGAGCUUUUAUGGGAAACUCCCACCCUACCUGAACAAAAUGCUUUCCCCAGCUGUUCCCACUUUCUAUAAGCUCCGAUCCAGUACAAGAACUUUACUUAGUCUUCCUCAAUACAAAAAGAAAGCGACCCGAUCCUCCUUCUCCUACAGAGCACCGCAAUUGUGGAACGACCUCCCGCACAAUUUAAAAUCUUCCCUAAGCCUAAAGUCAUUUAAGAGAUCCCUCUCUACAUACCUCAAUACAGAAUGCACCUGUCAUGGUUGAUUAUUUAUUUCCUGCCUGUUCUAUGUUAAAUUUUGUAUAUAUUGUGUAUUAAUAUUGUUUUUGUAUUUUGUUGUACCUAAUGUAACAAUGCAAUGAUUUGUGGACCCAGGACAUACUUGAAAACGAGAGAAAUCUCAAUGUAUCUUUCGUGGUAAAAUAUUUUAUAAAUAAAUAAUAUACCACUUUAUGGAAAUGGAGUUCCAUGAUGGCAGUGGCCUCUUUCAGCAGGACUGUGCAUCCUGCCACACUGAAAAAAAUGUUCAGGUUCAAAGAACAUGACAAAGAGUUCAAGGUGUUGCUUUGGCCUCAAAAUUCCCCAGAUCACAAUCUGAUUGAGCAUCUAUGUGAUGUGCUGGAACAACAAAUUCGAUCCAUGGAGACCCCACCCCACAACUUACAGGACUUAAAUUAACUAUUGCUCAUGUCUUGGUGUCAGAUAACAUAGGGACAUGUUCAGGUCAUGUGGAGUCCAUGCCUCGAUGCAUGAGAGCUGUUUUGGCAGCAUGAUGGGAACCUACACAAUAUUAGACAUGUGGUUUUAAUGUUGUGGCUGAUCAGUGUGCGUGUGUGUGUGUGUGUGUGUAUGUAUAUAUAUAUAUAUAUAUAUAUAUAUAUAUGAUAUAAUAAAAACAAAACUGAAAUUUUUUUCUGCACUCACGGUCUUUGGUAAAUGUAGUCUCUUUAUUCAAAAUACAUACAAUCCAACGAUCAACGUUUCAGUCCUCUUUGGAACUUUCUUCAGGAUCAGAAGUAUGUAUUUAUAUCACCAGGCAGUCAGACUAUUUAAAGUAUGUAUGAUGUUUUCAAGUGGCUACAGGAUGAGGCAUUAGUGUCAUUGGAGUCAUGGGAAACACACAGUUAUUUCUGUGAAUGCUCUCUCGUGCUCCACAGGUCAUAUUGAUGGAGGUUGUAGGGAUAUAUGAUGUCCCAAAUUGUGACUAGCGCAGUCUUUCAAAGACUCUUUCAAAUCUAUAUAUUAUUUGUGCUGUGUGAGUUGGUCUAUGCACACCAUACAUUCUAUGUCAAAAGAAAGGCCAUUGUUUGUAAUUAUCAUUAGUGGAAUAACAUGAUGUACUGUUGUAUUGUGUAUGAUAUAACUAGGAUAAGUGAUAACACCAUAAGAGUGUGUGCUAACAUUCACUAACCAAUGUUAAUACAGAGACAGAAGAACCACAAGGUUGCUGUUAGGAUGGGGCUUUCUAAUCGUAUCAGUCGCUUUGAAAUUCCAAUGGAUAUGAAAUUGCUGGAAAGUAAGUUAAUUUUAAAGCUUUAUUAUGGUAUUUUUUUAUUAUUUUAUUUUCAAUUUUUUUAUUUUUGCAGUGCAUGAAAAUAGUACAGGCAUGCAUAAGGUGCCCCAAGAGCAGUCCUCAGGCUAUUUCCUCGCUUUACAUGCGGGGUACACGAGUAACAGGCACAAUUUUAUAGUUUUAGCUGGCUUAGUCACUUAGAUCGUUCUUUAAACUGUUUAACCAACAGGAUAUAAAUUUAAUGCUGGAACUUGCAUUGAUAUGUCUAUGGUAACAUAUCUAUUAUGUACACAUUGAUAAUAGUGCUAGGAAUUCUUAAGGCUAUUAAUAUGUACGUUUUUAAUUUAUAGCACUGGUUAGUAUUGCUGAGCAUAAAAGUAUAUUAUAUGGUAAGGUACAUGUUGAAGUUAGGUAUGUUGCAUCUCUGAGGAUAUCACCCUGUUUAAUCUAGGCUUCUGGCGGCUCCACAUCAGGUAAGGGUCGACAGCAUGGUGGACUUGGGGUUGCACGUAAGGGAGCAGUCUGUUGCUUAGCCGAUGCCCGCUCUGCCACGUUGGUGAGGCAGGGCGUUAGUGUCCAUUAAGUCAGAAAGCUGGGUUCCAUGCAUGUCAGCUUCAAGUUGCCUCUGAGGUAAAUUGGGUCUGCCUUGUUCAUGUUUCAGGAGACUGGUGUCCUCCGAGGUGUGGUGCGGGGUGGUGUCUGGGAAGACUUGCUGCCUCUCUCCACGCUGGGUUUGUCUUGGUCUCCGCGGUAUUAGCCGGGUUUGAGGCAAGUGUAAGGUCGGCUUCGCUGCAGGGUUACCCCUCUUGGUUGUUUCUGGAGGGGAUGGUCUCCGUGUUGUGCUCCGUCCCCUCGGUGUAUCAACUGUCGGUAGUGUGGAUGGGGCACAACUCACCCCUGGUUUGGUCAGCUGCAGGGACCGGUGAGGGUCGCUCUGCUCCUCUGCCUCAUGAGGUCGUAAGGCUGCGGGUCCAUCGGGCUUGAGCCUGGGAGCUGUGCUGAGAGCUGUUGGCGUGGGGAGAGGGCAGGAUGCUCCUCUGCCUCUUGAGCACAUGGCGGCCAUCUGGACGACGACUGUGAUUUAUUACAGGGGGGGACGAUGACUGUGAUUUAGUACAGAGGGGGGACGAUGACUGUGAUUUAGUACAGAGGGGGGACGAUGACUGUGAUUUAGUACAGAGGGGAGAGGGGACGACGACUGUGAUUUAGCACAGAGGGGGGUGAUUUAGUACUGUGAUUGGGGGACUGAUUUAGUACAGGGGAGGGCAAGUGUAAUUUAGUAUAGGGAGGCGACGACUGUGAUUUAGUACAGAGGGGGACGACUGUGAUUUAGCACAGAGGGGGACGACUGUAAUUUGUAAUGGGAGGAUGAUUGAUUUAGUACAGAGGGGGGGACAACGACUGUGAUUUAGUACAGGGGGGUGACGACUGUGAUUUAGUACAGGGGGGGGACUGUGAUUUAGUACGGUGGGGGACAACUGUGAUUUAGUAAAGAGGGGUUAACAACUGUGAUUCAGUACAGAGGGGGGACGACGACUGUGAUUUAGUACAGGGGGGACAACGACUGUGAUUUAGUACAGGGGGGACGACGACUGUGAUUUAGUACAGAGGGGGACGACGACUGUGAUUUAGUACAGAGGGUGGAUGAUUGUACAGAGUGGGGACGACUAGGUACCUCCAUUGAAGGAUGCUCCUAGCGCUUCUUGAGGCCUCCAAGCACUCUAGCCGACACCACAACCACCGCAGGCCGAACCUCUCUUCCUUCAGAGCGAAGCAGGAACAAGCUCUUAAAAGAGCUUAGGAAUGAUUAUAGCAAGGGAAUAUGCUGAGCAUUGCAAUCCCUUGUAGCAGAUUCCCCCAAUAAGAGACAGGACUCCAAAUUGAGGGUGAAGUAGAACUGAAGCUUUUAAUCAAACACUCUGCUUUUAUGCCCAUGUUACAAACAUAGUACCACCCACAGGGUUUUGAAGAACAAACCAAUCAAUACAUUACAACACAGCUAAACACUCCCAUUCAUACCAACUGCCUGUGAUACAAUAACUGAACACAAUGGGCUAACGUAAUUAUCACAGGCAGGAAAAUACAGUUUUACACAAUAUUUAUAACUUUAAAAGUAUACACCACAUUCACAUAAACUUACAUUUUCAGAAUCAGCAUACUCCAAAUACAAACAUAUGUCAAAAUCAUACAAAUUGGUCCAGUGGUUCAAAAGGUAGUUGGAAGUCCCUUUUUGACCAACUGCAAGCACGGCUUGGGUGUGGUAAGCAAUUAUCUCCAACAGAAAAUAUCUCCAUUUACAACAGUAAAAACACAUAAAAAUACAUAAUUCCUAUCAUACUGAACAGAGCCCCCACAUUCAACCUAUCCCCAGAUAGCUUGGAUCUGAGCACUUAAUAUAUCUGAACAGCGCUCAGAUCGCACGAACAGAACAAAAUCGCCAUGGGGCUUAAGUUUAGCAAGGGCCAUACGCAGUCCAAUAGAAGUCCAUAAGCCCCAAGACUGUUUUUAAAGUGCCCAAUCUCGCAGGGGCCAUAGUCCCAAGGCACAAGGCUGGCAAUCAGUCCGAUCCAAAAACCAGUGGCGAUGCCGCUUUCGCCACGGGGGGCGGGGGGGACAGUGAUUUAGUAUGUGGUGGACGACUGAUUUAAUACAGAGGGGGGAAGACGACUGUGAUUUAGUACGGGGGGACGACGACUGUGAUUUAGUACAGGGGAGGACUGUGGUUUAGUACAGAGGAGGGAUGACGACGACUGUGAUUUAGUACAGAGAGGGGUGGGACUGUGAUUUAGUACGGGGAGGGGGACUGAUUUAAUACAGAGGGGGGAAGACGACUGUGAUUUAGUACAGGGGGGACUGUGAUUUAGUACAGAGGCGAUGACCGUGAUUUAGUACAGGGGGGACUGAUUUAGUAUGGGGGACAACUGUGAUUUAAUACAGAGGGGGGACUGUGAAUUAGAAACAGAGGGACUGGCGACCGUGAUUUAGUACAGAGGGGGGACUGUGGAUUUAUGCAAAGGGGCUGUGAUUUAGUACAAGGGGGCUGGGAUUUAGGCAGGAUUUAGUAAUGGGGAACUGGAUUUAGUACAGGGGGGGACUGGGAUUUAGUACAGAUGGGGGGGGGAGCUGGGAUUUAGUACAGAGAGGGAGGACUGGGAUUUAGUACAGAGGGGCAGUCCACGUGUGGCAUAGCGGCAGGCUUGAUGAAGAUCAUGACAGCUCAACAGCAAUAAUAUUGAUAGUAAUGUGUGUUUAAACUACAAUAAAAGUGUUUAGAACUUAGACUGUAAAUGCAAUACAUUGUUAAAGGAGCACUAUAGGGUCAAGAACACAACAAACAUGUUAAAACCGCCACCCUGGUCCCCUCAUGCCUCCCUAAAUAUAGUAAAUCUUAUUUGUAUUCAAGUCUGCAGCUUCAUGCUUUGUGCCUGUUUCCUUUAGACCUGCUCACUGCCUGCUGACAUCACAAUGCUUCCCCAUAGGAUUGGCUGAGAUUGACAAAGAGGCAGAUCAGGGGCAGAGCCAGCACAAUUCAAUCAGCAUCUCCUCAUAGAGAUGAAUUGAAUCAAUUAAUCUCUAUGAGGAAAGUUCAGUGUCUGCGUGCAGAGAGUGCAGACACUGAAUGUUUGGAUGCAUUUUAGAUGCAGCCAUGACCCAGGAAGGAUCUCUAACAGACAUCUGAGGAGUGGCCAGUGAAGUUCUCACUAGACUCUAAUGUAAACACUGCAUUUUCUCUGAAAAGACAGUGUUUACAGCAAAAAGCCUGAAGGUAAUGAUUCUCACCAGAACAAAUUCAAUAAGCUGUAGUUGUUCUGGUGACUAUAGUGUCCCUUUAAAUUAUAUUUUAGUUUCAGCGGUGUAACAAGGAACCGUUGGGCCCCAGGGGAAAUAAUCAAAUUAGGGUCUACCUCAUUAAGGUCUAAAAUGUCCACAGUCUAAUUCAAUAGAAUUAAUGCAAAGAAUGUUAGCAAUGUACUGCAUAGAUUAGCAAAUACAGGACAAAUCCAUAACAUGCAUGAGAGGUUGUUUAGAAUAUGUGGAAUGUGUUUAUAACAUAUAGUUUUAAUGGUUAGAAUUAACAGGACAAAAUAUGCACAUUGAAGAUAUUAACCAUUUAACAAUACAAAACACAAGAUUAUAUAAAAACAAAUAUUCUCAUUGUUUGAUUCUCAAACUAAUACUAGUGGAAAUCGCAACAUGCUAGAUCGUAAAGAUAUGUUCCCAGCUUUGCUUAGGGACUGGAAAUAAAGGUGUAUUACAGCAAGCCAUGGUAAUGCACCUACCAUAUCUUGCUUAAGGUGGCCAAGGUUUAUUUUCUCUAUCAAAAUGGAGAAUAUCAUGAAAAGAACAUUGACCAAGCAGUAUGAAACAUAGUGGUACAGUAGAGAUAAAUCCACAAGCCUCCGUAAUGUUAUGUGGUACCAAUAGCCUCAGUAUUCAUAGCUUCCUUUCUCAUUUUCAUUGUGUCACCCUAUUUAUAAUUUUGUAAAAUUAUAACCUUCUUUAUAUGCUGAAACCUCCUUUUAUAUUUUUCCAUCCACAGAUCCCAAUACACAUGUUAGCACCCACAAAUUCCAACUUCCUCUAUUAUUUGCACAGCCAAGAAAGUUGUCUUCUCUCACUUCUGACAGAAAAUGCAUGUAGACAGAGCAAGUCUCCCUUUUAUUUAUUUAUUUUAACAAGCAGAACUGCAGAAGCCACUGCUGUUGCCAUUCGUUGGUUGAGAGUCACAGCUGAAAACCCAAAUCGCCAUAACCACUGACAUUCUGUGCAUUGCAAUUUGCGCAGCUGGCUGAUGACACACCAAUAAUGCUUCCUGCGGUUUGGGUUACCUGCCUUGCAGCUAAGGGGUUAAACUUCAUAUGUACAGCAUUUUAUAGGUAAAUGCUGCACAUACAGACGUCUCCAGGCACCAUGACAUGUUCAAAUCACUGAAGUGUCCAAAUUAGAAAAAAAAUUAAAUAUAAAUCCUUGUUUAGUACAUAUACACAUGUAUACAUGCGUGCCUGCAAUGACAAGCCUUUGAAGGUCUCCCUCCGUGCAUGUGCGAGCUCAUGAGCAGCGUGCUGGAGUUAUGCAGGGGGCGUGCUCUACUUGAGUGUGUCAGCCAUGUCUAUUGGCUCAGCGGAGCUAACGGAAACAGGAAGAAACCCCCUGGCUGUCAAUCAAACAUUAAUUAUUAUAUUGUUAAUUAUCAUUAUUAUUUUAUUAUAAUACACAUAAUUGAUUAAACAUUAAUUAUUAAUUAUUAUUUAGUGUUUCAUUACUAUUUAUAAAUGUGCAGCUUUCUAGAAAGCAACAGUUUUGUAAACUGUGAUUGUUAUGGGAUAAUACUCAGCCAUAAGAGCAAGCAGAAGUGUUUUAUGGGUGUGGAGUAUACCUUUAAGGUGCUUUAAAUUUGAAAAUCAUUUUGAAAUAAUUUUGAAUUCCUGACAAUUCUCACUUUAGUGGAUAACCCUCUACGACAACAGAAUGCACAGUGUACCUUUAGAAUAUAUAUAUUUUUUAUUAUGUAUAGCCAUAAUUAAUUAUGUCAGUGAAUUAUUAUUUUUAUGUGAAAAAAAAUCAUGAAUCCCACGAGUUGUACAAAAUUCAAUUAGAAUAUAAACAGUGGGAUGUGUGGUUCACAAUAUUAUAAUUUGUAUACAAAAAUUAGUUAGUGAAUACUGAGACUGUAAAGAGGGAGAUCCUUUCCAGGUCAAAUCAUUGCUGUGCAUUACUGUAAUAUUUAUUUUAAAUGAAAUCCCAAAGCACCAUAACCACUACAGUGUACUACAUGUCAGUUGUCAAUGUUAGUACUAACAGUUUGACUUCUUAUCUGGGAGCCAUUCCACACCUCCUGUCUGUGCCUGCUUAUGAGCUUCUGAUCGCUUUCCUGAGCUAAGCUUUCCCGAAACCAUGGCAUGAAGUGGCUUCUGGCAGAGAGGUGGUGUGGAGCGGCGGUGGAUCUCAGGUAAGCAGUCAAACAAUUAUAACGAGUUUGGCUAUUUAAAUUGGAGGGGAUCAUUGUAUUCCGGGCAGUAUACUAUUAUAAAAGUUAUAACCAACAAAGUCUUACAUACCAAUUUAAAACUUAGAUAAUUUAUUUAACGUAUGCUAUUGUUCUAUUGUUCCAAUUAGGUAUUACUGUCCAGGAAUAUCUCAGACAAUACUGCCAUGUGUGUAAACGAAGACAGAAGUACUAUAAAGAUUUCUUUGAUAAAUUUGAUAAAGACAAAGAUGGGCUUCUUUCUCUCAUGGUAUGUAAUGCAUAUGCUUUUAAACCUAGGGUGGACUACAGCAUCACUAUAUGUGUGCAGGGUCAGACUGGGAAAAAACAUUGGCGGGGCCAGAUAGGGUGGGGCCAGAUAGGGUGUGUUUUCACAUCCCCAAUGACAAGUACGCCCCAUCUCAAUGUGAGAAUGUUGCCUCAAAGCUCUUCUAGGGCAGACCAUGCACAGAGCUCUGCUGAAGAGCUCUGGCAUGAUAAAAAAGCCCUCUAUAUGUUCUGCACAGCACAAGCAAAUAUAAUAACAUGCUUGUGCUGUGUUUACUUGAAAUUUGUGUCUGGUGUCUCCAUAAAUGGGAUACCAGGAGACAAAAAUGCCAGGAAAGAGUACUGUGCAUCUGUUUGCUGCUUGCUUAUAGGAUUGUGUGUAGAGUGAGCUGAUUGUGGUGUAGUUUUGUGUUAAUAGGUUGGUUUUAGUCAUGUUGUGUUUGUGGUGUAAUGUAAUGUAUGCGUGUCUAGAUGCUGUAGAGUGUGUGUGUAUAGGGGGCAUAGUGUGUAUAGGGGAUGUAGCGAGUGUGUGCAUACGGGCUGAAGUGUGUGUGUGUGUGUAUAGGGGAUGUAGUGUGUGUAGGGGUUGUAGAGAGUGUGUGUAUGGAAUGUAGUAUGUGUUUGCUUACAAGGAAUCUAGUGUAUGUCAGAACUGUAGUGUGUGUGUGUGUGUAGGUGGUGCAGUGUUUGUGUGCAGGGCAUCUAGUGUGUGUUUGAAGGACCCACAGUGUGUGUAGGAGAUUUAGUGUGUGUGUAGAGGAUUCAGAGUGUAUAUGUGUAGAUGAUCCAGAGUUGGGUAAGGGAUCUAGUUUGUGUCUGGAAUGUAAUGUGUUUAGGGGUGCAGUAUGUGUGUGAGGGGUUCUAUAGUAUAUAUACAUAUAUGUUUGGAAGUAUUGUGUGUGUGUGGUGCAGUGUGUUUGGGGGCUGCUGUGUGUAUGUGUGAGGUGUGAAGGGUGUAGUGUGUAUUUGUGAGGGGUGCAGUGUGUGUGUGUGGGUGCAGUAUGUGUGUGUGUGGGUGCAGUGUGUGUGUGUGAGGUGUGCAAUGUGUUUGUGAGGUUUGCAGUGGGUGAGGGUGCUGUGUGUGUUAAUGUGCUGUGUGAGGGUGCAUUAUAUCCCCUCUCCUUUCUUACCUUUAGCCUGAAGGGGGGACCGUGCUGCCAUUUCUGGUGGUCCUAGUGGUGACUGAACUUUAGCCUGUGGGGCUAGAGUUCACUCUCGCGAGACCCGAAGUGUUGACGCGCCGGAAUCUCGCGAGAGGAACCUGGUGGAGCUGCAAGAUAGAGCUCCUCUGGGUCCUCUCUCCCGCCCUCCUCAGCCAGCAGCCGCGUGUUAGUGCUAGUGGGCCGGUGAGGGAGAUCUUUGAUCUUCCCACCGGCCCAUGAAGGCACACAGUAGGGCCGCCGCUCGAAUAGCACAGGCCCUGCAUGGACCGGGCAGGGAGGUCCUGUGACUUCCCCUGCCGGCCCAUGGACAUCGUGGCCUACCGGACAUUUGCCCGGUGCGCCCAAUGGCAAGUCCGGGCCUGUAUGUGUGUAUUGGAUUUAGCAAUGCCAAAACCCCCUGUCAUGAACGCCACCUCUCCCAAGUUGGCACGUGACUAGCUUCAGUGGAUGAAAGCGUUAAAAAUAACCAUUUCUCUUAAAUAGACCCAAAAUAAUAAGAAAAUCCCUCUUAACACUACCUACACCUGCCGUCUAGUAUAAAACAUGCCAUCGUCAAGAAAAUUUGUAAAUUAGGCAUUUUAGUUUACCCCAACCAAAGUAGUUUAAAAACCCACAAACACAAUUUAACAAAAUCUAUGAAACCACAGUAUUACAAUAUUAGUCCCUUUGGUAAUGUGAUUCUUAUACCAGAGAAAGCAAAAUUUUAUAAAGGAACAUUUAUUAGACAUAAACAUAGCCAUAGUGCAUUCAAUUACAAAAUAUGUUUAAACAUGUAAAUACACCUACAAGCAGAUAAAGUACCAUUCUUUCUGUCCCAAGAGCUCUUGGCAAGGAAAAUGAGAUUAUGACAGGUAACUAAUGUAUUCCAAAAGUUGACUGAAAAUGCACUAUUUAAUAUGCUUACAUACAGUUAUUUCAGAUCGCUCUGUAACCAUAUCAUCUCAGUGAAUUCAGAUAAUUAAUUUGAGACCAGACAUGACAUAUAUUUCAUGUCUAAUGCCCCAAAAAACAAAAUCGUAUCUAAAAUCACUUCCAAACUUUUGGUAAAUGGCUCUACAAGUGUGGUGUUAUUUUCCAAGCCAUCUCUGAUAGCUUAUCUGAAAAGGUCUGGUGAUAAAUAUCAUUGGACCUCAGAAAUCAGGGGUCAGAGACCAUUUGUAAAUUCCUCUGCGCUAUUUGGUUUACAAACAGGAAAAUAGAACAUGCCUUAAUUGCUACACCAUUUUAGGGAGCCAAAUUAACCUUUAUCAUCCUGUAGUCAAUCAUACCAUCUCUACUGAGUAACAAUCCCAUGCAGCCGCUACAAACUUCACAUUAGUUAAGCAUACAGUAUUUUGACAAUGAAACAAUGAAUACACACCACAUUAAUUGACAGUAUUUGUUCAGCAGGCAAUGAACCAUGCCCACUGGACAUGUCACCCUCUAAUUAUAAUACUGUACUCAGGCUACAUCUGGCACAUUUUACUGCAUAAUUAAGUCAGAUAAUAAACAUACAACCAAAUAAAAAAAAGCAACAUAUAACAAUAGCUCCUGAAUGUAUUGAAGCAAUUGAGUCCUGAGCAGGGACAAAUCGAAGGACAAUCAUAUUCCCUGUUUGUGUAGCUCCUAAAUUUGGAUCAGAUCCUUAGGAUGUUCAGUAGUGAGACAAGUAAGUGUCUCUAAUCCUGUUUCUUCCAUGCUUUUGAGUGAGAGCACAUGCCCGUAAGCCUGCACAGAAGGUGUAAUUGUAGGAUAUGUACUAUUGCUCUCAGCUUUCUAUUGAGUGCUGAACAGAAUGCAGUAGGAGAGCGUGUAACUUUAUCCAUGAAAAGCCAGCUGAUAUUAACUUCCAUCAGUAGCAUUAUGUUCCUCUUUUUCAUGAAUGAAACUGCUUGUAGCUAUGUCUGGUAUUCACGUGAAUGGCUGUUCUAAAACCCUUUCAUAUAAACCCUGAAGGGUAUCUGGGAAACAUUCAGCAGCAUUUAAUGCUUUAGUUGUUUCCCUUUCUGACGUGGAAGACAGUUUCUAUACCCCAAAAUCAUUUAAAUAAUACCAAAUGCAUUUGAAUCCUGAAAUGAAUACAUAUGAUUCCUGAAAUUAACCCCUUAAGGACACAUGACAUGUGUGACAUGUCAUGAUUCCAUUUUUUUCCAGAAGUUUGGUCCUUAAGGGGUUAAAGAGGCUAUGAAUAAUUCCAAAGUAACUUUUCUUUUUAAACUCUGGAAUGUGUGCAAAACUGUAAAAUUGUCUUAGAUAUCAAGUGAAGGUUACAAUUCUUCAUAUCUGGGUAUAUGUGCUUUUAACAAAUCAUAAACCUGCACAAUGUAACCACGUUAGUAAAAGAGUAAAGCAGAACAUAUAUCAAGAUGACCUUGACGAGGACAUUGCUAUAGCAUAAAGGUAGACUGGAGCUCAGGCAGUUGUGUUCAAAACAAAUUACCUGCUAACAGCUUGUUAGCAAGAAAAAAAAAUCCAAUAGCAAUGCCAGCCAUUACUUCUGGAACAAUCUUUAUCUUUACCUGUAUAAAGUUCAAGUCCUGUAGCUACAUGGAAUAAUUGCUAAAUCUUGCAUAUCAAUUAUAACUGCAGGAGGCAGUGAAGAUAUCUUGGCCAGAGAUUCCAUGUCCAAGGCCAGUGAUGGCUGGCUAAAGUACCCUAUGUAGUUCACAAACGUCUGCAUCUAUGUUCUAUACCAGGGGUCAGCAAUCUAUGGCACAUGUGCCAGGCAUGGUACUCAAAGUGCCUGUGCACCAAACUCAAGGCUGCCAGAGCCAAAAAGGAAUCCCAUUUGAACUUCAGAUAUCUUCUAGCGUAGAAAGGUGGUGAGGAACAAUCCUCAAUUUACGCACUGCAGCACUUAGGGGAAGUGAUCUCAGAUCACUUCCACCCAGAACCUGUGAACAGGAAUCCGCACUGGAAUAGAGCACCCUGCAGCAAAAACGUAGCUUGACCUAAACCUGGCCAGACCAGUCCCCACUGGACCUUAUGGAAGCCACCCACACUCCUAGAUAUACACAGUGCUGCAGAAUAAGUCUCCCCCUCAUACAAAUCAUACAAACAGAACACACACAAACUCACACAGUCCCCACAAACACAACACCACUGACAAUCCACAUCCACACACACAACCACACAAGCAGUCUCUCACCUCACUUGCAAUACCACAAGCAGCCCCACACUAUGUGAUGUAUGAUCCACACACAAUAUACCACAAGCAGCCCCACACUAUGUGAUGUAUGAUCCAUACACAAUAUACCACAAGCAGCCCCACACUAUGUGAUGUAUGAUCCACACACAAUAUACCACAAGCAGCCUCACACUAUGUGAUGUAUGAUCCAUACACAAUAUACCACAAGCAGCCUCACACUAUGUGAUGUAUGAUCCACACACAAUAUACCACAAGCAGCCCCACACUAUGUGAUGUAUGAUCCACACACAAUAUACCACAAGCAGCCUCACACUAUGUGAUGUAUGAUCCAUACACAAUAUACCACAAGCAGCCCCACACUAUGUGAUGUAUGAUCCACACACAAUAUACCACAAGCAGCCUCACACUAUGUGAUGUAUGAUCCACACACAAUAUACCACAAGCAGCCUCACACUAUGUGAUGUAUGAUCCAUACACAAUAUACCACAAGCAGCCCCACACUAUGUGAUGUAUGAUCCACACACAAUAUACCACAAGCAGCCUCACACUAUGUGAUGUAUGAUCCACACACAAUAUACCACAAGCAGCCCCACACUAUGUGAUGUAUGAUCCAUACACAAUAUACCACAAGCAGCCUCACACUAUGUGAUGUAUGAUCCACACACACUAUACCACAAGCAGCCUCACACUAUGUGAUGUAUGAUCCAUACACAAUAUACCACAAGCAGCCUCACACUAUGUGAUGUAUGAUCCAUACACAAUAUACCACAAGCAGCCUCACACUAUGUGAUGUAUGAUCCACACACAAUAUACCACAAGCAGCCCCACACUAUGUGAUGUAUGAUCCAUACACAAUAUACCAUAAGCAGCCCCACACUAUGUGAUGUACUAGCCUGCACUCCAUGUGUCUCUCUCUCCCCUAGCCCCCACCCAUUAGUCACAUUAUCUCACUGCCCUCCUGUACCUGUUCGUGGCUGCCACGGUACCCAGCUGCGGAGAUCGGCAGGAGGGGAGCAGCACAGCAUUCGCAGUGGUCGGCAGGACAACUUGCCCCCUGGAGUGACAGGCCCAGUCGCAGCUGCAAAACCCUGUGACCGCGGAAGGGACGCCACUGGGGCUGAAGGAUCUUGUCAUAUACUAUAGACAGAUAUGAAGUUUUAUCAUUUUCACAUAUAGUAAUUCUAGAUAAACGUCAUUUAAAAAAAACAAAACAUGAGAGGAUUAUUUUAUUCAAAAAAAAAAUUUUUUUAGAUGACAGAUGUCCUUUAUCUCAUCCAGCUGUCAAAGCUCAUGCUUCCCAUAAGAAAACAUAGUCUUUACCUUUUAUUAAGUAAAAAAAUAAAAUAAAAACAAUGGGUCAGAGACAAAAAACAAAACAAAAUCUGCCGGGUGACUAUUCCAUUUUAAUGCAUGGCUAUAUUAAUUCCAGCCUGGAGUGUCCCUUUUUGAGUGCUGCAGUCCUGGAUUUAUCAUACAUUAUUCUGUAGCAAUAUCUAACUUCUGUGUGUGGAGCAGGAGCGCCUAGCACGACCCAAGUAAGUUGGCAAACCAAACUAAAAUAGUUUGGCUACUUGCUGCAAAACAGGGCACUCCAGCACCAGUGAGAUGUAGUUGUUAUGGUGCUUGGAAUGUUCCUUUAACCCCUUAAGGACCAAACUUCUGGAAUAAAAGGGAAUCAUGACAUGUCACACAUGUCAUGUGUCCUUAAGGGGUUGAAGGAGAACUCCCUUGAAAAUAUUUUUUAUUUUUAUUUUUUAAUCUCACUACUUAGUAGAUAUACCCCAAAUAAAACAUACAUGUAUUUUGUUCUGCAUGUUUUUUUUGGAGAGUGUAUACAGGGGGAUAAAGGCUUGCAAAAUCUGCAGACCUGCUGUCCUCAGCCCCUCUUUUACCAACACAGACUUUAGUCUGUAGCAGUAAAUUGACCAGUCAGAGGCCUUUCACUGAGAUUUAUCUCUGCUGGAGCCAAGGACACACAACAUUGGCUUUCCAAUGUACUUUAGUGCAUUGAAAAAAGGGAAAGGCAGGGGUUGUCUGAUUGGCAACAAGGGAGGUGUUUUGACACCCGGUUAACAGAAAUCAGCAGUUUUAUAAAUUGAAAACAAUUACAGACUCCACACACAUACAGCACUUCCACAGCCGCCUGUAGUGUUCCUUUAAAUAUCGUUUUCCAAAAUGGAAUGUUCUGUUAAAUAAAUGACUAAUAUGCUACAUGAAGAUGCCUAAUAUUAGUAGGUCUCAUGAAACCAAGUGCAACCUUUGACCAGUAAGGGGGUGUAACCCUAUUUAACCCAUGACUUUACAGUACGGUUCUGAUGGAAAGUCGUGUAAUAAACAUUCGCACCACCAUUGGCCAUAUUCCAAUGUUUUCAAACCUUUGAAAUGCAGAUAUUUGUGAUCUAAAUUUCAUUUGAUUCUCAGCAACAACACAGGCUUGCUGGACAUCUUAGGAAGUGUGUCCUGAAGCAGUCUUGCUAAAAUUAGAGGUCGCUGAGCUGGGAAGCUAUAGGUUGUAUUUAAUAAAUUGUUUGUUACUUGAAACUCCCAAUUGUGGGUCUGACUUCUUUAAAUAGUACUAAAAAUGUUAAUUUGUUUCCAUAGUAAUACAAAUUAAAAAUAGAUACUUUCCCAUGGUCUUGUAUCCGUUUAUGGAAUGACAAAGAACCUACAGCAGGAUGUGAAUCUGAAUUCUACUUUGAGACUUUCUUUGACCUGUCUGUGAGAUGGAGGGACAUCAAGACUAAUGUGAAUGUUGUAAACUGAUUCCUGUUCUUGGAUCUGUUCUUCAGAAGGGUUCCAAUUUAUUGAAUGUGUUAAAGGAGCGAUAAAGUGUCAAGGUUUCUUGGCACUAUCACUGCUCCUGAGUUGGGAUGCUCUCUGAGCUAAGGGAAAGUAUCUCACUAGCACAACAAGCAAAUCCUCUGUCAAAGCUGCAUUCAUUUACUUUGCAACCCCUUAAAAAGUUAUACUAGCAUCUCUCUGAUGUUGUUACCAAAUUCACGGAUUGAUCUCUCCCACCAAAAAAUUUAAAUAUAUAUUAGUAAACAAUGUAGCAUAGACCCCGAUUGAAUCUAGGACCCACAUCAUGGGCAAAACACAAGUGGUUAUUGGAAGGUAGGAUGCUAGUGGUACUGACUCCAAGCCCAUCCUAUGCACUGUUUGGUAGAUGGAGAUAGUAAGACGGCCUAGUUGGAUAACACACUUAUGUUACUUGCGGAGGUUAUGGUUGAAGAUGUUCCCCACUUCUGUCUCUCUCUUUAUCAAAUCACAGCAUAUAUAUAUAUUCAGAUCUCCUACUCUGGGUGCAACAUACUUUAUAAAUACUUUCCAGUGUCCAAAUACCAGUGUCCAAAUAGUGUCCAAAUAGGCUGCCUCAUAGAUUUCAAUGAGUGAAACUGAGCAGUUAAUGUGCAUGUACUUAAAAACACAAUGGCUUGUGGCAGUUGCUGUUAACCUGCCAAGUAGUUUCUUUAUAUUUUUGGUUUCCUUUUUUUAAUACAUUAUCUAUAUGUCUACCCCUUAGUACAAUACGUAUCUAUAAAAGUUAAGAAAACAAUAAUACGGUGCAAGAAUGCAGAGGAAUCGCAGCAAUACUUUAAAACCUACCAACUCAUACAGUUAGACUGGAAAUUCAAAUACAAAUGAACAGAAGAAUAAAGUUGCGCUCAGACUUUGAUAAGAAAUAUGACAAUCUUGCUUGUAAUAGUCUAUAUCCAUAGAUGGGGAGUAUACCGUCCAGGCGCACAUAUCUGGAGCUGAGUAUAAGCUCCAGAAAAUUGUAAGUGCAAUUCCUUUCCCUUCAUUUACUAUCACUUAAGAUCCUAACAUACUUCACUAUAUCUGUGUCUUUUUCCUUCCCUCCUCCAUAUCGCUCUGAGCGUGGGAAUUCCAUCACAGGCGCUGCUCCCUGAUCCUACUAUUUGCUUGUAGUGGUGCUUGUAAUAGCUAGAGUACCCACAGAGAAAGGGAAAUAAAUAUAUGAUGUAUAAGUCAGUUUCGGCAACAAUGUAUUUCUUGAUAAAGGAAUAAAAAAUGUUUUACUUGCGUGUUGCAGAGCUAUUCUGUAAUGUUACAUUUGACAGUGAUGGCAGUAUAGCCACGCUGGGGAUAAAAGGUGUAUUACAACAUAUGAAAUAUGUGAAGAUGGAAAACAAAGGAGCUAUACCCAGAAUACUUACAAGAUCACAAGCCGUAUACUGUGCUCACAGAUAGUAAGGCUUUAGGUGGUAUUGUCCCCACAAAUGGAUCCUCUUGGUAACCUGAUUUACAGGAUCCAGUAAUAUUUAAGAAGUAAAAAAUUUUGAAAUGAGCAAAAUACAGGUAAGUAAAACAUAUUGUAAAAUCACCAAUGCGUUUCUCCCUUGAUGCUUUUCAGAGUACAAUUAGUGUCCAUCUGGCAUGAGGGUUUUAAAUAGUGUCCUUACAGUCUCUUUUUUUAAUUUGCAGUCCACUGUGUUGAAAUGGUUUUAACUCCAGAGAUUCCCAAGCCUUUUUGCUUUUAUGCUAUUUUUGUUAUGUGGUGUCAAAGGGGUUAUAAGAUACUGUCGAAAUUCAAAUGAGUCUUACUAUAUUUUGGUUUAUGCUUCACCAUUAGGGUCAGCUAUUUUUUAGUUAUUUUCUUUUUACCCGAUUUCAUUCUCCAAUGCAAAUGCAGGGCCACUAUAUUUGACAAAGGGAGAUACUCAACUUCAUAUUAAUGGUAUGCUUCAAUAUCACUUUCUUUCUGUGUUUAGGAGACAGAAUGUGCUUUGAACAACCUAUAUUUCAAUGAAAUACAUCCCAGACAAGUAAAGGAUCUAAUGACAAAAAUAGCAGCUGAGGAAAACUCCAAAUUUGACCCAGAGCUCUUCUUUGCACUUUGUGCAUUAUCAGAACGUCUUUUCUAUGCAACAUUUGUGUGAGUAUCCAUAAACCGAUUGUGUCCUACACAGUUAAAGUGGCUCUGUCAUCUCACCAAAAAGUUUCAGAACUUCAGAAAGAAUCAUUAUGAAAAAUUUGUAUUGACUGUGUUGUAAUUUUAAUGAAAUUGCUACGCAAUCAAGUGAUGUCAUAAGACAAAGUAGGGAAGCACAAGGUUGACAAGUUUUGUCAAGCCGGCUGCUUCUCGCUGAUCACAAGAGUUCACGAUUAUGUGUGAGAGUACAUAAUGGAGUAGAUAAUUGACUUGACUCUUUGUGGAUGAAGCACCAGGAGCUGAAGCCAGAAAAUGAUGGCAUGCAUAGGGGACAGCUAUAAGUAAGUAUUUUUACCUUCAUGUACCCACAAACAUGGAUCUACAAAGCCCCUUAAGGUGACAGAGCCAAUUUAACAUACCUCAAAUUAUUCAUACAUAAAGCAAGGCUAGAACAAAUGUUUUGUCCAUGUACAUUUUUAUUAAAAAUAAAUUUAAAAAAAAUUGUAACGAAGACUACAUAAAUGUUUCAAAUAGAAUGACAUUUAUCACUGUGAUAUCCCAGACCAUUUGGAUGCAUACUAUCUUGUUUAUUGUGAAGUAGGAAAAAAGGAGAACAAAGAAAAUGAGAGAAAUGAGACAGAAGAAGAAAAGGGGCAAGAAUAGCAGGCAAAAAUUGAGGGGAGGACGGAGGUGGGAGUAGGCAUGUAUAAAAAGCAAGCAAAUCAAUAAAUUUAGCAUGGGGUGGGAAGGUUCAAUCAUGGCAAACAAACCAGCAAGAAAGAUUGACAGGAAGAUUUAGAGUAGAUAUUACUAUUAUUAAUUAUAAAGCACCAGCAAAUUUCGCUGCGCUGUACAAUGUGUGGACUAACAGACCCGUAUUUGUAGCCAGAUGAGUUGGACACACAGGAACAGAGGGGUUUAGGACCCUGCUCAAUGAGCUUACAUGCUAGAGGUUGUGGGGUAUAGUGACACAAAAGGUAAGGGUAGGGUAGAAAAGUAGGUUACUUGAAAAGUAUUCACUGAGGGCCUAGUGUUUUGUUUUGAUGACAGUUACAGCUGAGGAAUCAGGGUGCAGGGAGGGAAAGCUGUUCACAGUUUAAUUGAUAUGCUUUCCUGAAAAAGUAAGUUUUCAAAGAUUUUUUGAAGGAGUGCAGACCGAGUGAAAGUCUUAGGUGAAGGGCGUCCCAUAGGAAUGGUGCAGCCCUGCAGAAGUUUUUAAAGGUGAGCAUCAGAGGUAGGAGUACGAACAGAGAUCAGACAUAGGUCUUCGGUAGAAUGUAGGGGCCUAGACAGGGCAUAUUUGUGUAUUAGUGAGAAUAAGUAGGUUGGAGCAGCAUUAUGUAAAGAUUUGUAAGCAAGUACCAGGAUCUUAAAUUGAGCCCUAUUUCUUACAGGAAGCCAAUGUAGGGACUGAUAGAAGGGGGAGGUGUGGGCGGUCAGGAAUAUAAGCCUCGACGCUGCAUUCAUUAUAAACUGCAAUGGGGCAAGUUGGGUAUACGUAAGACCACUGAGAAGUGGAUUACAGUAGUCAAGGUGAGAGAGGACAGCGGCAUGGACAAGCACCUUAGCCGUAUCAGGCGUUAAAUAGAGUCGGAAUCGGAGAGGAGAGGUCGGAGUCAAAAAGAACAGCUCGCUGCAAGGUAAGGCUGAUGGUAGCACCAUUGAUGUGGAGGAAAAUAGGCAAGAGAGUAGCUACACUUGAGGGAGGGAAGACCAGAAGUUCUGUAUUGGACAGGUUUAGUUUAAGGAAAUGAGCAGUCAUCCGGUUGGAAAUAGCAGAGGGGCAGUCAGAGACACGAGACAAGAAGGGUGGUGAGAAAUCAGGGGAGGACAGAUACAUUUGCAUGUGAUCCGCAUAGAAAUGAUACUGCAAGCCAAAGAAGAUAAUGAGUUUACCAAGGGAGGCAGCGUAGAUUGAGAAGAAUAUGCACCAAAUCAAAGAUUGAACAUUGAACCAACAUUGUUUGUAUGUGGUAAUACUCAUAUUUUAUUUGCAAGUUUUUGUUUUUUGUUAAAAUAUGAUAAUUUUAUUUUGAAUCGUGAUUGUGGUUUGACAAGCUGUGAUCCUGAAACAGUAACUUUGGUUUAAAUAUACCAGUUACAUAUUAAAGUAUUAGUCAUUUAAACAAUAAUGUUAAAAAAAAAAAAAAAUGCUUUAAAACAACACUGUCAGUUCUGAGUUUUUCCAUAAAGAUUCUAUGUUUAUAAAAAAAAAAAGUCUUACAGACAGCAUUGGAAUUUCAUUGAUUUUAUAGUCUUUCCAAAUAAUUCAGUACUGUUAGAAAAACCUUCCAAAUGAUUUAUCAUUCUGAAAGCUUAUUAAAAUGAGACCAUAAUCAGAAGAUAUACUGUAGCGGAGAUGCAAUAUUCCCCAGGUUAUCUCCGCUUAUGAUCCACGUGAGGCUCAGGAACAAGUAAAUAAUAAAUCCACAGGCAAGGUUUCCAGCAGUACCCCUUUAAAUCCUACAUCCCCUGAUAGCCCUGAUCUGGGUGAACAACAUAUCCAAAAAUCACCCAGAUCAUACCAGGGGUUCGGGAAAUUUAUGGAGGGAAUAAAAUGACCGACCGCACUGACUGAAAUAGCCGAAUACAGUUCCAUGCGAAUGGGCCCUGCGGUCGGUCCUGGAAUAAGGGAACAAACUGCACGAAAGCCUCUAGCUAUAGAGGCUAGGGAGGGUUCGCCUGAAUCCCCUCGUUCGGUUCUUUCUAUCUACCGAACGAGGGGCCGUUCGGUAGUUUGGAACCGAACGGACCGGGCUUGUGGAGGUUUCAGCGGUGUUCACCUAGUCGAGUGUCCGAUUUGAGUUCCAGACACUCAACGGCAAAACACCGCUGUUCGGGAGUUUUCAAAUGGCCGCCGCCACGUGUUCGUUUGUCGAAUGGCGGCCACCCCCGAGAACAAAGGACGGCUACUUAACUUGUCAAUUACCCGUUCGCAACAAUGUUGCAACGGGUGAUUGAGGACACACUUAACACAGGGGAGGUCUGAUUGUUCGGUAGUUUCAUUCCCUUAGUUUAUUCAAAUGAUUCUACCGAACAAUCAGAGGAAUACAAUUCUUUUAAAACACAUAGAAAACUAGCAGAUCACACGAAUGCAGUUAUUUCAAAGAAAUUUGCAGGACAGCCCAGGGCCAUCCGCUACAUAUACAUAUGACCUAACUAUAGACUGAUUUGUCUAUGCCUAUGGCAAUUUAUUAAGCAUGAGUGAAAUGGUCUGCAGAGGAUUCUGUUGUCUUGUAGGAUCUUCCAUAUACCCCUGUUUUGUACUAUUGUGAUGAAUGCAUCAGUGAUGUGGGCUCCUGGUAGAUGGAGCAGUCAGGGGAUUAUCACAAAAAUUGUACCUACUAAUCCAGGACUGUCAGAAGGCGACCUCGGGCCUCCAUCUCCACCUAUAUCACCAAAAUUACAGAAAACAACUUAAAGAUUUCUCAGUCCCAGUGAUGCUGUAAUAUGACUUUAUGCAGCCUUAAAUCUGACAAAAAAAAACAGUUGUGGAAACAUUGCCAGCGAGUUUUGAUGGACCAGAGAGGAACAUAGUGGCACUUAGGAGGGAGAGCAUCAAUAUAACUGUUGUACUACUCUGCCACCACCAUUCAAGCGAACAUGUCACUAUAGGGUCUUUGCAUGAAAAGAGCUCAGAAGUAACAGUGCUGCGUUAAAACUUACUUUUUCUAUUAUUCAUUGAAAUGUGCAACAUGCCCCUGACUCUUCCCCAUGCAAUGUCGUUUUGGAAGACAGCAGACAUUGGCUGAUGUUUUCUGCUUCUGUAUUUUCUAAAAAAACUAACGUUUUGGGAGCCAUUACUUUGGCGCCCAAAUGAGCAUUCUUGGGCUUUCUUUUCCUGGGGAGAAAUAAAACAAGCAGCAGAAGUCAUCAACAAAUAGAGUUUAUUCACUGAACACUGAAUUGUAGUGAAUAGUUGACAAUACUGCAUACGUGUCUUCUAAUUUACAUGUAGGCAGUAUCGAAAGUAAACUAAAAGAAUGUAACCUCAUUUUUGUUAGUGCUGAUGGACAGCCUCUUUCAGGUCCCUUUCCCCCCAAGCAUUUUGUAGAUCAUUAAAAUGUGUAUAUAGAUUGUGUGAAAAGUGAGAACCGCACUCAGGUUUAAACAUUGAAAUUGAAGUUUGUUCCUGCAUCAUAAAGCUUUAUAUGAUUUGUUUCACCAUAGCAGUUACUUUGUGGAACCAGCCCAUUCUGAACAUGUAAAAUAACUUUGAAACAGCAAGUGCAGGUAUUUUGAGAAAUCCUUCUGUUGAAAAUAACUAUACGAACCGCUGAUACUAUAGUGACGUUUUCUCCUACUGUCCUACUAGGAGAAAAUAUUAUCAGCAAAGUGAUGUGAUGUAGGGUCUAUGAUUUAUAUCUUGGAUCAUGCUGUUGGAGAUUAGCAGUUCACUUGGUAUUGUGUGUCACACUCAAUGACAGAUUUACCCAUGUGUGCCAAUCAUUUAUUGAUCGCUUGGAUUUUAAUGAUGAUGGGUUGCUGAAAGGUAGGAGUGGUAUGCUGCGACACAGCAGGAAGGUCAGGCCUUUACCACAAAUGAGAGGCACUGCUGUUACCCCAUCUGAGUAGACUUCAUACUGGUAUGCUGUACGUAAUAACAAUAGCUUACUAUAUGUGCUGGAGGGGUUUUCCAUUCCACAGUCAUUGGCAUGGCAACCCACCUGCAGAGAAAAUAAUCUUUACACAAUGACACGUGUGAAUAUAACAUAUGAAGGUUUUACCCCAAGAUAAGUUAACGGCUUUACAGUUUUUUCAUAGCAGUAUUACACGAACACUCAAUAUUUUAUAUUUGAUCUAAAGUGCAAUGUGUAAUAUGACCUCAAGCAGGAAUAACCCGAAGGUUGCACUUUAUAUACUUCUUUAAAUAUUGAAGAACAUAUAUUAUUGUAUGUUGAUAGGGACUUUAAUGCAUUUUAUUGUUAAAUUGCAAUGUAGAUUGGGAAAAAAAGACUCCAGUCUUCCAUCUGUUUGUGCAGUUGAUGAAAAAAAAGUGAAAAAACCUAUUUGAAGACAUUUCCAAUUGUGACACAAAAAAGAGAUGAAAAAAAACCUUCUAGACAAUGGCAGUCAGAUUUGUCCUUCUGUUUCCAAGGUGUUACUGUGCAUAUUAACUAUUACAUCCUAGAAUAUAUAAUUUCAAAAAAGGAUCCAUUAAAACAAAAAACAAAAAAAACAAUGUUCAGUAGGUAGAGAAAUUAACAUUGUUAUUGUUUAAUUGCAAAGAACCCUUUCCUUUGCCACAGGCAAAUUCUCCUUUCUUCAAGUUCAAAGGGAUGACUUUUUUUUUGUUUUUGUUUGCUCAAGUGCUUUAGGAGUUAAAAAAGUCGCCCCUCGAUAUUGAGUCCCUUCUGACGGGAGCAGAUCUCCCCAUUUCUUUAUGUGACACAGUAUUGCUGAAGACAGACUGCCCGGCCAUACUCCACUCCAUUCGGAUAUGGGACGGCCUCCAAGUACUCCCUUAGUAGCCCUGCUUCACCCAUGGCCCCAAUACUCCACCAGGUAUGAUAGCGAGAGACUUUCGGGGUUUAGAAUACACAGGACUGCAGAGAUACGUCCAUUUGUACAUAGACAAUACCAUAGUGACUUACGACCACUUGAAAGAACUCGCACCCCUACAGACCAGAGAUUACUACCGAUAUAUACAAAUCAGGGAUUUCGCACAAAGGAAAGACAUUAGGGCAGCGACGACUACCCCAUGACAUUCUUUGAGAGGCUGUGCUUUAAAGAGUCACCUGCGAGGGGCUACUAUCGACGUUGUACCACCACCUAAGCUCAACCGGAACAGACAGGAGAGGGCUGAGGUACACAGACGUAAGGGAGGCUGACCUGGAAGAGGUGCUGGAAGAGGUGGAAUGGGAGAACAUAUGGGAGGCUUGCGCACGCCCCUCUGUCUGCGUGACUAUGCAAGAACAAUCUUUUAAAACACUUUUCAGGUGGUACACCACACCGGUAAAACAAUACCACAUGAAACUCAGCCCAAUGGACAUAUGCUGGCGCCAGUGUGGAGACAGAGGAAGCUACAUCCACAUGUGGUGGCACUGUCCCAGGGUUAGAGUGUUCUGGGAAGGAGUAGUAGAAUUGAGCUCCAAAAUCUUGCAGAGACGGGUUGAACUUAACCCGUGGGCAUGUCUCCUCCCGAGACCCACAGACAGCAUGCCCAGGCACGAACAAAUCUUACUUAAUAGGAUCUAUCUGGCUGCCCGUAGAGCCAUAACACAAAAAUGGAUGUGCCCGGAGGUGCCCCCUCUCUUGCUAGUCCUACACAAAAUCAGGGAUGAUUGCCUAAUGGAAAGGCUGACCUCAAUGGUCCGCAACUCCUCGUACUCCUUCUACAAGGUGUGGGAGCUGUGGGAACAAUAUGACACAGACAGUGUGGUGGUGGACCCACCUGAUGGGAGGGGACAAACAGACUAAGCAGCAUAGUUUUAACUAAUGUUUAUGCUAAAUAACUGUACUGAAAACUAUUGAUGAAGGGCAAACGUUACACGAGGCCACGGAUACGCGACAUGACGCUGUGCCAUUAUGUAAAUCGAUAUGUACCUCUGUUUGGCUUCUUCGUAAGCCUAUGUAUACUGUGACCAUUGUUGAUGCAAAAAUAAAGAAUUAGAAAAAUAAAUUAAAAAAAGAGUUGCGCAUUAACAAGCGUUCUAUUGGCUGGGAGACCAUAAGCAUUGAUGAUCUCCUGGAGCUGGAGUGGAGCUAUGAUGAGGAGACAGUCUCACUGCUGGAUUACAGAUUUUAUUUCAUGUUGCAGGAAUUACAUUUUGUAUAAAUAUCUCUAUAUUUAAAAAAUAUGCAUUUACUGGUUGUAAAAAAUUUGAAAUUAAUUAUAGGAAACUAAAUCUUUUUAUCCUGCAACUGGGCACCUCUAUCUUAACCAUCAGCCAAUUAUUGUUAUAAGCCCUGUCAUUUACACCUGGCAGUUAGCAUAGAGAAAAUAUAAAGAGAAGAGGGGAAAUGAAACCGUUUUAUAUUACUCCUCCAUUUUCCCUGGCUUUGUCUUGUCUAAAUGAAUUAUGAUGUUAUUUGCUAAAUCUUUCAAUCUUACCAAAGAAAUAGCACAAACUAUACUUGAUGUUUAAAGGGACACUCCAGGCACCCAGACCACUUCUGCCCAUUGGAAUGGUCUGGGUGCCAACUCCCACUACCCUUAACACUGCAACUUUUUUCAUAAACUGUAAUAAUUACCUUGCAGGGUUAACUCCUCCUCUAGUGGCUGUCUCCAGCGUCGCUCAAUUCCCCAUAGGAAAGCAUUGAAAAGCAUUUUCAAUGCUUUCCUAUGGAGAGCUCUAAUGUGCGUGCGCAUUAGGUCUCCCCGGCGGGUGGGAUCAGUAUCGCCCACCGGCUGACGUAAGGAAAGGGAGGAGCGGUGGCGACCCGAAACCACCGCCGAGGGGCAUCGGCGGGGGUCUCAGGUAAGUGACUAAAGGGGUUUUCACCCCUUCAGCAACCGGGGAUGGGAAGUGGGAGGGAGAGGGGACCUGCAGUGCCAGGAAAACGGAUUGUUUUUCUGGCACUGGAGUGUCCCUUUAAUGUUUUAUUCGAUGGUAUACAUUCCAGACAAAUUACAAUUUUAAGAUAAGAUUCAAACAGUGAUUCCAGACCUCAAAAUACUUAAUUGAGAUGAAGUUGUUUUAAGGGAAGAAAGUGCCCUUUAACGAGGAAACCUGAACCUAUAUGUACUUCAAAACAUUUGGGCAUGAGCAGAGUUUCAUGGUAAUCUGGCCAAGACACCUUUUCAAGAGCUACUCGCAGUAUCAGCCGAAAAAAGCUCAAUUUCAAGAAUCAUACCUCUAAAAUACCCUGUCAAUAGCUGGAUUCGGCAGAGUGUUGAGAGGAUAAAGUGGAUGCCUUCUUUUUGCAAAUGGGCACCAAAUGCAUAUGCUGGCCGAUCCAGACCUGGCAUGCAGGCAUCCAGCAAGGGCUGUGUGCCUCACUGAUGCCUGGAGGGGCCUAAAUCUUGGCUCACCUGAACUCCCACUGGGCCAGAUUGCACCAUUGGAUGGCAUGGGUCGGAGGUCCCAGAAAUCACAGACGUCUGCAGCUAAAGACAUCUGGGAUAUUGAGUGGACCAAGGGAUUUGAACCAGCUAACUCAGGAACUUCCCCUCCCCCAUUGGCAGGUGAUAUGGAGGCUGGAGACCCUGCCGGCAAUCUCUCCACUUCAGUGAUUCUGGUCAUGGCGGAUUCAGAGAGAGAUACACCCGCCACCAAAUGAGACACCAAAAUUAUACUCAGACAUUUAAAAGUUGUUUGCAACCAACUUAUCAGUGGUAAAAACUGUGGUGCAGGCAGUCACCACUCAUGUUCGAGCCUCAGAGGAAGACAUUAUAGACCCCAAACAAAGACGGACUACUAUGGGUGCGACAGUCCCCAAUUGCAGGUCCAACCUUCUUCCCUUACACUACUGGUGGAUACUCUGGACCAAAAUGGUGUUGGUGUCGGUAGAACCUAAAAAAUAAGGGUUGUCGCAGACACUGUUUUGAUGGAAGAAUUGCACAACUUUAUUAGACGGCUGGUGGCCACUUCGUUACCAGAAAAACAGUUCAACAUAGAUGGUGUCUAUUAUAUUAAGUCUCAUCAGCACCUGCUGCUGCCCCCUAGGUAAGGUGUAAUGAUAUGCCUUGCAGACAAAGCGUUAUAAUCUAGGCAGUAAUUAAACCGGAUUGGUCCCUCGCUUAUGGUUCUCUUGCUAAGAGUAUGUUAGCCCUUUCAAGGCCACUUUAGUUAAAAAGAAACAAAACUGUAUGUAUUUUCGAGACAAUGCUGUCAAUGUGUUGUGAAGCGCUCACAUAUGGAUUGUUGUCUAUUAUUGUGGUGUAACAUAACACCUGCAAAAAUAAAGAUUUAAAAAAACAUUUGGGCAUUAGAAGUCUAGGUUAUAGAAGUAUCGGGUUUAUUUAUAACGUUUGAGGGUUUCAUUAAAAUGUGAUAUUUUUAACUUGCCUGAACUUCCCGUUUGUACAUUAUUAGGCAGUUGUAUUAUUGCAUUUCUUUGCAGAGUUUUUGUUUUAAACAGUAAUUACAGGUAUAAAAAUGAUUACUGUAUUUAUCGGCAUAUAACACGCACCGGCGUAUAACACGCACCUCAUUUUAAGAAGGAAAUUUCAGGGAAAAAAAACUUAAAGGACCACUAUAGUGCCAGGAAAACAUACUCGUUUUCCUGGCACUAUAGUGCCCUGAGGGUGCCCCCACCCUCAGGGACCCCUCCCGCCGGGCUCUGGAGAGAGGAAGGGGUUAAACACUUACCUUUCUCCAGCGCCGGGCGGGAGCUGUACUCCUCCUCUCCUCCUUGCUCGCGGCGUCAUCGGCUGAAUGCCGCAGCGCAUUCAGCCGGUCGCAUAGGAAAGCAUUUACAAUGCUUUCCUAUGGACGCUUGCGUGCUCUCACUGUGAUUUUCACAGUGAGAAGCACGCAAGCGCCUCUAGCGGCUGUCAAUGAGACAGCCACUAGAGGCUCUGGAGGCUGGAUUAACCCUCAGUAUAAACAUAGCAGUUUCUCUGAAACUGCUAUGUUUAUAAAAAAAGGGUUAAUCCUAGAGGGACCUGGCACCCAGACCACUUCAUAAAGCUGAAGUGGUCUGGGUGCCUAGAGUGGUCCUUUAAAUUUCAAAUAAAGAACUUCUUACCCCCCCUUCCCCUUCCCCCUCUUACCCCCUUUCUUACUCCCCCUCCCCCUCUUCUUACCCCCCUUUCUUACUUCCCCCUCCCCCUCUUCUUACCCCCUCCCCUCUUACCCCUUUCUUACUCCCCUCCCCUCUUCUUACCCCUUCCCCCUCUUCUUCUUACUCCCCCUCCCUCUUACCCCCUUUCUUACUCCCCCCCUCCCCCUCUUCUUACUUCCCCCUCCCCCUCUUACCCCUUUUUACUCCCCCUCUUCUUACCCCUUUCUUACUCCCCUCUUCUUACCCCCCUCCCCCUUCUUACUCCCCAAUUGAGGAGAACCAACUGCAGCCGCCUGAGCGCUCUUGACAGAGCGCUCAGGCGGCUGCAGUAUUUAAAGGGCCGGCGUAUAACACGCACCCACAAUUUCUCCCCUAUUUUCAGGGAGAAAAAGUGCGUGUUAUACGCCGAUAAAUACGGUAUGUAGUUUUAAGACAGCCCAUUAUGUGACAGCAGAUUCUUCACAUGUAGAACUGUUUCAACUACCUUUUUUUUUUUUUUUUAAACAGUACAGAAGAUACUACUGACAAGUACACAGAGAAACAAUGGUUGGAAACUGCAGACUUAUCUGCCAUCACCUGGAAAUUUGCAGGAUUUAAUAUUAACACAACACUGAAAAACCUCCUUGAUGCUUUAGUAUACACGUGUUAGGAGUUUAAACAGACUGAGCGCACACAGUGCAUGUGCUGAUAUUACGCUGUCCAAGCAACUGUAAUGCGCACUGUGACACUUAUCUAGAAAUUUCUCAGUUGAAAUGAAAAUCCCCUGAAAUUAGUUUUAAACUUUCUGAAAUGCUGUUUACUUUAGAAUGUACGAUUAAGCCUUUCAUUUCUGCCAAUGCGCAUAUUCUAUCUCCUCCACAUUAACUAUAUUCACUGACAGAAAAUGAACAAAGCUUAUAACAGUGAUUUAAAGGGAUACGAGAUGGACAGCCCCUAAGUUCCAGACUAAAGCUAAAUACAGCAUGCUCAUAUUCCGUCAUGGUUGUACUUCUCUUAAGAAGCCAUGAUGGAAUAAUUCCGUUGUGCAGUAUUUUACCAGCAGGUGCUGUUUCAUUGCCGGGAACCUUAGAUAUCAUUUGAUUCCUGGGACUCCCCUCCAGUGUUAAUUUUGUUGACUAACAAUUUUAGUCAGAUUUUAGUCGACUAAAGUUUUCGAGAUUUAGUUGACUAAAAAUAGACUAAAACAAAAACAAUUCAGAUGACUAAAAUACGACAAAAACUAAAAUGGCUUUUAGACUAUGACUAAAACUAAAUUGAAAUGUGCUACCAAAAUUUACACUGGCAAGUUAGACUCAUGGGGGAGGGAGGAGAAGAAAUGAGACACAAUAGGGAGGCUGAGGGAAUGAGACACAUGUGAGGCUGGGGGGACACAAAGAGACACAGAGGGGCUGGGGAAGGGGCAAAAGAGACAGAUAGAG